UUCACGAUGACCGUUGUUUGCUCAGGAAGAGAGCAACCUAUGGGAAAAAAUCUCAAGAAUGCACAUCUGAUUAGCGAUUAUUGAAAUAUUUCUUGCUGUUCUACCGAGGAAGAUGGUUUGGGAGUGCAAGGAGUGUAAUAUGACAUUUAAGACUGAACAGUUGUUUGAUACUCACAAGAAGAAGUUUUGUUUCGGAAACAGUGUGGAUCCUGCUCGUAUUCAUUCGAGAAUUUCUGGUAAAGGUGGGAGUAACACUGAAAGAAGAGACAGACAAGAAUUCCAAAUUGUAAGUCAGCUGGUUUGUUGUAAGGGUAUAUAUACCUAGCUGUCAAAAAGGCUAUUUAUCCCCAUGUUUCCAUGUUCACACGGUAGACGUAUCAAUUAUCACAAGCAAACAGCAGUAAAUGUGCUGAUUGUUGACAAGUAUCAAUUUGAAUUUGAUAUUCUCUGGGUGUAUGCCAGCAUCAAGUUUCUACUUUUACUAGUCAGAUCAAAACUCCUGGAUUGUUAAGGGAAGGGGAAGGAGAGGGAGAGGAUCCCCAGGGAUAGAGAACCCCAGGGAAAAGGAUAUCAGUUCUUAAUUUCCUGGCUGGCUAAAACUUCUGCAAUGUAAUGGGGAGGGGAUACAAUGGGAAGGACCCCUAGGGAUAGAGAACCCAAGAGAAAGGGAUAUCAGUUCUUAAUUUCCUGGCUGGCCAAAACUCCUGGAAGGUUAUGGGAAGGGAUACUAUGAGAAGGAACCCCAGGGAUAGAGAACCCAAGAGAAAGAGAUAUCAGUUCUCAAUUUCCUGGCUGGGUAAUGCCAUAGCUUGUCUCUAACAGUGAAGAUCAAGGAAAUGGUGAAGUCCACAGACCCUCCUGGCAGGUGGAAAAUUUGGAAGGUUAAGGCGAGGGGAUGUUGAGCAUAAUCAUGAUUCUGUUAUCCUAUUGACAUUCCUCAAGAUGAUAACCUAAGUUAGCUCUGAUUUUCAAUUUUGAUAUGCAUUAUUAUGCAUUGUUUUUAAAACUGUUUUUAAAACUUUGAAAAUCAUAAUUUUCCAGCCUUUUUUUAUGUGUUAUUUCUGAGAGACACUGUAAUGUGAAGUUGAAUAUUUGUAUUAAACUACAUGGUAUAAAUGUCUACAAUUAUUAAUUUCUUCUUAUCUGAUCUCAGCCAUUACCAUAUAUCAAGCCUUCAGUUCACUCUGCUCCCAAUACUCCAUCAAGACAUAUCAGCAGUGUACAUCCAGAAAAUGACAGGAGUAGGGUGAGUAUAGUUCAAAAUGUACAAUUUUUUUUAAUCAUUAUCAGAGAGAGGAGUAACAAAGAUGGUACAUUUUGAGUGCAGCAGUUGGAUGAAGAAGGAUGAAGACUUGAAUCUUAGAUCUUUGGAUCUGGCAAAAUCCAUAGAUCUUAGGUUUUUUUCUCUGAGUGGAACUCAGAUUUUUUUUCUUUUUUCCAAAUGUGAUGAUAAUAAUAGAUAAUAUUUUUAAUAUUUUUUCUUUUGAUUAAUAUGAGAGGUAAAGAAACCUAAACUAAGCAUUUGUUUGAUUCCUUUAUUCAGAUGUUUCUUUCUAGCCAAAAUCAUUCCUCGCGUCGUCAAUCUGCACCAAACACACCUUCUGGAGUAUAUGAUGGUAUAACAGCUCUUGAAAAAGAAAAGGUUAGUUGAGCAAGGAAAUUAAGAAGGAAAACAAAAUGUACUGAAGCAUUGUAUGAGUGGUGUAAUACUUUAUCCAAUAAAUUAACCCUUUACACCCUAACAUCAGUGUACAUAUUCUCUAUACCUUCUCUAUACAUAUCCUAAGGUGCUGACAAGGAGAAUUUCUUUAACAAUCAAGGGCUGUUUUUGUUGGUGAUCGUUUCCUGUAUUCUUAUGACUUAAAUGUAUGAUUUUGGGGUGAUAUUGUAGGGAGAAUUUUAAUCAUGAAAGUCACUCUCAGGGUUCAAAGAGUUAUUGCUAUCGGCAAUCAAUUAAACAAUAAUAGUAAAAAUCUUGGAUGAAUACUUUUCACUCUGUCAAUCUUUUAUAGUCAAUUUCUGUCAUAAUUAUUUUUCUGUAUUUAAGAUUGACCAGUUAAAAAGGUUUAAGGCUCAUCAUAUGCAGAGAAAUUCAAGGAACUUAGAGGAAAAAGUUUCUUUGGACAGCAUCAAAGAUAGGCAAUUUCAGGUACAUUACUUGAAGACCAAGAUAAUUUUAUAUUAUUGGAUUUUCUUCUGUAAAAUUCAGGCUACAUGUAUAACAUGAGAAAUGUGUUCUCUUUUAAGUGAUUGCUGUGUAUAAACUUACAGAAUUCACUGCAAUAAACAUGACAGAACAAGCUUACUGUUCAGAGCAAUGAACAAUCCAGGUUUAUUGUAUUAACUCUUUAACUCCCAGAUCAAAUAUGUAAUUCUCCUUACUGUCAACUAUACAAUUCUUUUAAUGUUAGUUCAGAGAUUUUAGUAUUGGAUCAACAAAUUAUCCCCAAAUUGAUAUAUUCUCUAUUCUCAUCACUUAUCUGGUUGAUAUCAUAUUGAUAUUGUAAGGAGAAAUUCUGUCUUGGUCACUCAUGGAAGUUUAGGGUUCAAACAUUUAUUACAGACAUCAAGAAGAGGCAAUUACGAUCAUGAUAGAGGUGAUGACAGGAUUGGGAAAUUGACUGAAAUUCAUCAGCAGCAGCUUGCCGAACUUAAACUGAGGAAUGAGAAACUCCAGGAAGAGAAAGCUAGUAAGUAAAGAAAUUUAUUUCUCUCUGAAUCUCUGUUAUUAAUACGUAAACUUUGUUAAGCAAUACAUAUCAAUUUAUCUUCAUGAGCAUCAGCAAUCAGAGCUUACCUUUUGUCAUAAAUGAUGAAUUAAUUGAAUGUAUACAUCCAGUUAAGAGAUUUUGAGAAAGUCUAUCUUACUUGGACCCAUUUUAAAUCAAGGAUUAAGUUAUUCAUGUGUGUAUUUACUGUCACUUACCAGGGCUUGCUGAAAGAUUGAAUUCUCUUGGAAUAAGAAGUAGACAAAAAAUUCCAUCUCAGGGAAGUCUGGUAUGAACUUUAUUGAUUGCUAUUACUUUGUUUUUAAUUUUAGUAUUAAUCUAUAAUUUCUAAAGGUAUGCUUUAAAACUGUCACAUUGAACCAUGAGUCUAGUCAUUCACAAGGCAGAUAAUAACUAUCCAGCAGAUAAGUGUUAACAAAACAUACCACACUAUCCACCAGAUGGAAAUUUAUCCAGUGGAAAGUGUUAUCCAACCUUCAAACAACUGGAGCCAGAUGCUUUGAACUCAUUGUUCCUCUGUCUGUCAGGACCACAGUUUUGUGUUUAUUGCUGAUCUUUUGUCUUUUUUGCCCAACAAAUGUCAUUUAUCAUACACAUAUAUGCCAAUGCAAAAUACUGUAAUCACUGUGGCACAGAGAAAGAUGAAUCUGAGCAAAACAUGUGUGACUGUGAUGUAACUUUGUCUUUUUCCCUUAAGUUCAAUUUUUCCAGGUGUGUUUGUUGAAGUGCUUGUGUAUACAAACAUGUGCUGCUGCUGAGUUAUUUGCCUAAAAUAUUGUUUCCUUGAAUUUUUUAGAAACAACAAGCCACAGAACUUGAUGGACUCAAGAGAUAUUUGGAAUUCAAAGAAGAGGAAGAAAAGUUAGAAAAGUCUUGAAACUCCUGUGUGACUUUAUUUUUGAAUAUGUGUUACUUUCCCUCAGGCCUGGAUGAUUUUCUUAACUCCUGUUUUUCUUUUCCCAGGAGAAAUUUCUAUGCUCAGCAAUCUAAGACCAAUGUAAUGAAAGUUUCACCCAGAUCACCACCUCAAAGUGCUACAGCUGAUUACUUAAGGGGUUCAGAAUUGCAAGCAGUACAUCCAAGGUACCAUCUAUUAUUCAUACAUUUAACUAUUUUAGCCUGGGGUUUUACUGCUUAGAGUAUUUCACAUACUACCAAAAAUUGUCUUUAUUAAUUUUCAACUUACAUACAACAGUGCAUUACUAACACUACUUAAAAACACUUGCAGUAAUUACAAUACUAACAAUGCUAAAGUUACUUACAAUACUACCCCUGUUGUUUCUAAUACAUAUCAAUACUCAUGUCAAAGACUACUUACAAAAGGAUUAAGUUAGCUUACAUACAAAUUAUGUGACGCUUACACUACUUGCAAUAUGAAUUUUAGAUAAAUAAUUAGCUUACUCUGCAUAUUUAACGAUACUUACACUAGGUGAGUAGUAGUAGCAAAGCCUUUAUAUGGGCCCAUGGGGCCAGUGCUUAACUCCAGUUUUCUCAGUAUGAAGCAGCUAGGAGUAUUGCUACUCCCCCCUGGAUGGGAUGCUAGUCCACCAUAGGGUUACCCCCAGCAUAUUUGCUGGUACCCAUUUGUACACCUGGGUGAAGAGAAGCACUGUGAGAGUAAAGUGUCUUGCCUAAGAACACAACACAAUGACCCCAGCCAGGGUUCAAACCCAGACCACCCGAUCCAGAGUUGAGCACACUAACCAUGAGGCCACCACGCCUCCCUACUUACAACAGGAGAGGCAGAUACAAUUUAUGAGAGGUAGACUGCAGCAUAAUUAUCACAGACACAAUGCAGAUACAUGUACUUCAAUUAUAUUUCAGAGCUUAGCGCUACCUUUUCCUUGGUUUUUUUUCUUGUAGGAAAUCUUUGAGGGAGCCAUCCAAUGGAAGAGGUACAGUAUACUGCAGAGUAACCACACAUGAACAAAAAAAUUAACUGUUUGUUACAAUUAACCAAGAUUUCUGUGUGUUAUAAUUCUACUUAAAAUGAUUUUGGUCUAUAAUAUUUUAAUGUGUACAGGUUUAUUAAAAUAUUUUUAUUCGUUACUUUUACAGGCCAGGUUGUGCCAUAUCAUUCUCCACCAGUACAAUAUUUUGAGCCUGGAUCAGUACCACUUGGGCGGGGCAAUAUCUUGCAUGAAAUUAAGUGAGUCCUUUUCCAGAUUUUAAUCACUUAAAAUAUCAUUUUAGAACACCUAAAUUUGGCCAUUUUUUGGCAAAGUAUUCCCCCAUCCAGAUCCCAUGGAUAGCAUCUGCUUUCAUCACUUGUCCAGCACUGUAGUACUGGGAGUUAGCUUUAUCAACUCAGCUGACUACUUUGUAACUUUAUCAUAGCCCUGAGCAUUCUGUGCCCAGCUUUGGAGAAGGCAGUCUCCAUAAGUCAUCAGAGUUAUCUUACUGUAUGUACAUGUAGAAUGGGCAAACAUGGCCUCAUUUUUUACACAUUACACAUUAUUGUAUUGUGAAACCAAGAGAAAUCAAAUACAUGUCCAGAAACUACAUGUACAGCACUGUAAGAGUAAACAGAGAGGUGGUUUCCCAACUUACACAUAUCUUCCUUAUAUUAGCUGAUGAGAACUUGUGUGCUCUUGUCCACAGUAUGCUGAAGAAUGAAUACUUUCAAAGGGGAGGCCAUGAUCCAGAAAUACUUGCACAGAUAAGAGAUCUAGAGUAUGAGGCCCAGAGAAUGCAAGCUACCCAAAGACCACAAGGUAUAAAAGACAAUGAAUAUUUUUCACUUAAUAUUUGCUCUUGUGAUUGAUAUACAUUUGUUAUACAUUUGUUAGCUCAGUCGAUAGAGCACUACACCAGUAUCACAGAGGUCAUGGGUUCAAAUCUCGCACAGGGAUGAAUUUUUUUCAGGCCUUAUUUUCACCACUGCUUAAGUAGACUUCAUACAUUUUCUUGUCAGUUAUUUAAGGCACGUCUCCAUUUAAUAAAUAAGGGACACAAACUUUAAUCCCAGCUUUAAAAAAUCGUUCCAUUACCUUUUAUUUGAAGGGAAACCUCCAUUCUGAGAACACUUUUACAAGUCCUAAGGGUACCCCCUGAUUGGAGGUUCCUUGGUGUCUCUUACCUUGAUUAAAGUAAAGUAACCUGCAAGUACAUGUUGGUCAUCAUUAUUAGCACUAUAGGACUCGUGUUUCUCUGGCAGAGGGAAGAUUUCAGAUGGGUUGUGGAGAGGUUUGAUGGGGAUCUGGCAUUAUCAGUGUUAGACCCUUUGCAAGCUUCUUGCUGGCUAGCAUUGCCUAAGGCUUCAUACUUUCCUGUCGGUGCAAAAAUGCUUCUACAAAGCCCUGCUCCCAGGCUAUAAUUAAGAGGCAUUUCAAUUCAGGAGACACAUUUUAUCCCCAAAGUCAAGGUUUCACUUUUAUGCAGUUGCCAUUGAUUUGUGCACUCUACCUGGGGGCUUUCCUAAGUUGCACUUGAACAGCUUAAUAGAUUUGCAUUUACUGUAAUGCAUCUUUCUGCAUACAUACAUAUGUACAUACGUAUGUUUGUAAAAGGAAUAUAAAAGCAAAACUUGCCGCUAUUUAACUCACAUUUACUCUAUCCAUCUUCAUAUGACUGACACAACAAGCUGUAGAUCCAUUCCUGCAACAGCAAAUUCUGAGUUUCCACUUGGCCAAUCAGAGACUUGAACAGGAGCUGCAACUUCUAAGGGUAAGAAAUGGUUUGAUACAUACUUAAACUUAAGAUGCUGGCUUAAUCGUAAAGUUUUGAAUAAUUAAUCUCUUUGUGUAACUUCUACUGCAUAUGAAAAAAAAGUACUCUUCCUCUUUUUCACCAAAUUUGUUUUAGGAUGAGAGAGGACAGAAAGAAAGAAAGCGUUCACCAGGUACUUCACCUUUUAUUUUAACAUUAGUUUUACUUAUGUAUCUUACUGUAGUAACACAAGCUCUGUUUAGUCUAAAGUGCUUUGGACUCUGGAUAGAGACAUCCUUGUUGGAGGUCUGGCUGAGUCAUUAUGCCUUUAAUUCUUGAGCAAGACAUUUUAUUCUCAUUGAGUCUCAUUUUCCAUACAUUGGAUACAGUUGAGAUGCUUGCUUUUGAUCUUUUUUCUUCAGAGGUGGAUCCUGAAUUCCAACGACUAAAAGAAGAGCACUUGGUGAAAAUGGCAUCAUUAAGACAAGAAACAGAGCUUUUGAAACAACAGGCAGAGGUGGAGAAGAUGAGAAAACAACUGAAAGAGCUUAGAGGAGAGAGCAUAAUACCACUGGAAGGGAAUAGAAAGGUUUGUACGUGUUCCUUUCAAGUGAACUCUUUGGACUCACAGCAACUGUAUUGCUUGCGUAUAUUGCAGGACGUGAGAAUCGCACGCGUGUCACUCACUAAUUUCGCGCGUGUGGCUGUAAAUUAGAAAUUUCCUAAAAUACAGUGAUAAUGCAGAGACGCUUUCUACAGCAGGUAUUACAUUAGACAUUCGAAUGCAUAUUUUAUUACGCUAUUAAUUAUCAGUUAUUUUGAGAGCCGAAGCUCUUGUUUAAUUGUUAUUGCUCCUCCCAGAAGUGAUUAACAAGUAACUUCUCCCUGUAAUAUCCCUAAAUUAUUCAGGAAACAGGUAAUGAGAAUACUUAAACUCCUGUAAUCUGGUAGAAGUUUUUAAUCCUGAUCUAACACCAAAUUCUUACUAGGAAAUGUGUGGCAGCUAGAGGGGAGAAUUAACAAACAGAUCUUGGGUUAAAAGAUCAACUAAGAGACAUGUGUUAUGAUUUUACUGCGAGUGUCUGUCACACUGAUCUAUUGCUUUACAUUCUAAACUACAGACGUUCGAGUCGCCAUUUAUAUUAACAAACACAAGCACAGACAAAGAAUUGCAGCCGAGUCCUUACGAUCCAAAGUAGGUAGCCCAAAUAAUUUUAAUUCAAUGUCCUCCAUCGUUUCAUUUGGCUUCAAGUUCAUUCACGGGUUCCAAAGCCCUCACUUUCAAAAUGAGAAAGUUGAAAUCUGUACAUACAGGAGAGUAGAGAAGAAUAUGGCUAAUGAUGUAAUAUUCUUCUUACAGUGUUGGGUUUGCCGUAUUCUGGGAUUUUGUUCUUGGCCUGAGCACGUCCUUUCCCAGAUGUAGACUCGCUGCUGGGGUGUAUCAAGGGGCAGAAAUAUCGACAGACGUCAAACUGCUACCAAUUGUUAGAACAACAGUCAUCACCCGACAGAGCCAUCCCACAAUCCCCCCUGGUGGAGCAGGAGUUAUUGGUGUAAAGCAUCCAUUUCCAAGGUAAAAUCUUCGAUGCGUUUUAUCGCUUGGCGCGCAUGACCAGAAUUUGGCCUGUUGUUUACUAGCACCUGUGUUACUGUAUCUUUAGAUGUAUGCCGGAUCAGAAUCUCGGCCUUGUUGUUGAGCUUCAAGCAAACAGUCCUGAGGACUCUAAUGACCCAAAUGAGCUGUUUUCAAAAGGGUGGACUAGAAUUGACUUGUUUGACAUGAGCAACCGACUGCUCAGUGGAAGGUACGAAAAUUCAUAUAUAAUUCUCAUAAUUAUUUCAGUAGGUUUUUUCUUUUAUUUUAUGGAAUUCUAAUUUAUUGUUUGUGUUCCAGGUGGAAGAUCCCGAUCAGAGUCUCUCCAAUCAAAGCAUUUCUUAGCACCCAUGAACUUAACAUGAUACCCCAGGUUGGUGUCUUUUUCUCUUUUGCCUGGACGCCUCUGGGCUGGUUUGUUAAUAUCCUUUAACGGAUAAGUUUUAUGUUUCGUUGUAAUCUUCCUUUUUGAUUAUUUUCUCCUUUACCAAAUUAGUAUUUUGUGGUUUCCUGUCAAGUUGGAGAUAAAUUGGACAGUUUUAUUCAACCUUUGACCCUUUAAGAGUGCCUAGCAUCUAAUGUCUCCUUACAAUAUCAUCCCUAAAUUACACAUGAAGGUUACGAGAACAAUUCUCUUGACUGUUCAACAAACUCUCCCUGUCAGCACCUUGGGAAAUGUUUAGAGAACAGUAUGGAGAAUAUGCAUACUGAUGUUAGGGUUUAGUGGGUUAACUGUGUAUAAAUGGCUUUAAGUGAUAUUAACUAGUUCGUUAAAUUUGAUUUGACUUUUGUAUCAUUAAGGUCGGACAGGCAGAGCUUUAUCUCAGGCUUGUGAACAGUCGCGACAUACCCUCGCAAGACACACAGAAUCCCCAGCCUGUCCAACAUCAUUUGUACAAAUAUCCAUCAGUGGUAAGACACAUCAGCUAUAAAUAGUGUAUAACUGAAUCCUUCUCCAAAACUGCAACUGAAAAUUAAAAUAACAAAAUGUAAAACUGCACAGGAAAUUUAUGCCAACGCCAACUCGGCCCCAAGCCAUCAUAUAAAGCGCAUUUCAAAACCAAGAUCAAAGUGCUGAUGAUGGCCAAUCAGCGGAAAGAAAAAUAACACAGUCAGCCAAUGAGAAAUCAAAAUUAAAACAUGUGACCUGCGUGUAGCGCGGGAAAAUAAGAGUUCCUUAGUCGUUGUCGGUUUCGGUUUUGUAUUUCAGCGGUAGAUGAGUUGAUGCAAGUUUUCUACACAAAUCAAGUUGGUGCAAGUUUUCAACACAAAUCAAAGGCUGUUGUUUACUUUCAACACACAGUUUAAAGACGCUCCGUCAUGUAAUCCUAUUGAAUUCUCUCUACCCAGUUGUGACGUGUUGGUUUUACUUUUUUUUUAAGCAGGGUUGUCUUUUCAAAAGUGUUUUUGAUCGUUGUUUAUUAUUUUAAUAAACAAUUUAAUGUAUAACUUUUUUUCCACCUCAGGAGAACAUUCGCGUCAUUCCUCAAGUUUCUACGCUGUCCGUCAACCACAGCUCGCAAAAUUUUGCCCCAGCGCCACCCCCACCCCCACCCCCGUCAGUUCCUCCCCCUGCCCCUCCCCCUCCCCGUUCCGACACCCCGGCAGCUGUUUCACAGAAAGCAGAAAGGUAAGAGUUUAUCCAGAAUGGUAAACCCUUUGAGACACCUCAAGGCGCUUUCAUAUAGUUAAAGAAGAAUCUGACCAAAUAGACCGGACAGUCAAACCCUUUCUCCCGCAGCAUUGACCAAAACGCAAUUUCUCCUAAUUAAAUCAUAGGCCGUCAAGCAGACCAAUGUUGAGGAUAAAUGUAUAUAAACCAACUAAAGAAUUUGUUUUGAUCUGCACCAAUUUCUCUGAACUAUUAUUAUAAAAAAAUGUAUUAUAAAAAGUAGGGAGAAUUACUUUUAAGGUCUUAAGAGCGAAACGCUCUGAUUUAUCUGGGAGUUCCUAGGUAGUCAUUGCUUUUAUUUCAAUUUCUUCAGUUUAUUCGCUUUUCCUACUUCUUUUGUCUUCCCAUAUAUUAUAGCGUCCCGAGAACCCCGCUUGAUGAGUCAGUCGUUGGUUUCCAAGUAGACCAACUGAUUGAUGCCAUUCAGGGAGAAGCUAGGAUUAAAAUAACAGUCUACGAGCACGGCGAGGGACAGGUAAGUUGUGGCAGAGAGGUUUACCUUUCAACUUGUCACGCCAGAGACAGCAGUCAAAAGUCAUUCAUUCGAUCCAUUUUGAAGUUAAUCAGUGUAGUAUUCAGAUAGCCAGUAAAACAAUCAGGCUGAUGAGUAAUUGAUCAGUCAGUCCGUCAGUCAGUCUAUCAGUCGUCAGGCAGUCAAUCAGUCGGUUAGUCAAUUAGUCAGUCAGUCAACCAGUCAGUCAGUCAGUCAGUCAGUCAAGCAGUCAGUUAGUCAGCUAGUCAGUCAGUCAGUCAGUCAAGCAGUCAGUUAGUCAGCUAGUCAGUCAGUCAGUCAGCCAGUCAGCCAGCCAGUCAGUCAGCCAGUUGGUCGGUCAACCAGUCAGUCAGGCAGCCAGUCAGUCAGUCAGUCAGUCAGUCAGUCAGCCAGUCAGCCAGUCAGCCAGCCAGCCAGCCAGUCAGUCAGUCAGUCAGUCAGUCAGCCAGUCAGUCAGCCAGUCAGUCAGCCAGUCAGUCAGCCAGUCAGUCAACCAGUCAGUCAACCAGUCAGCUAGUCAGUCAAUCAUCCAGUUAAUCAGUCAACCAGUUACUCAGCUAGUCAUUAAAUCGGUCAGUAAAUCAAUAGUUCGAUAUUAGGAAAAGAGAUGCUCUACGUCAAUUCGUAAAAGAAUCCUUUCCUGGUCAUUUUUUCAGGUUCUUAAAGGAGACAAUAACAUCCCAAUAAUGUGUGUAACCAGGUCAGCAAAACAAGACUUCCUUGAGGGAAUAUUCUCCUUUGGAUUACAGGAGGUAAGCACAAUUUCAUUAUAUUUUCAUCGUACCUUUAAACCUCUGUACCCUAACAUUAACUUGCAUAUUCUCCACAUUUCUCUCUACACGUUUUCUUUGAUAAUAAUAAAUAAAUGAUGUUAUUUAUCCAGGGAGCUCACAUCACCAAAGGUGUUAUUCAGUGAGGCCCUGCCAAAAAAAAAAGAAAAAUGUUAAAUUUGAAAGGUUAAAAAUAGUUUAAAAUACAAUUUUAAAAUGUUCAAUAAAAUUACAUUAUAAAAUGAGUUAAAAUUGCGGUCUUCGAGGCUUGCUUAAAAAUUAAAAGUGACCUCAUGUCACGUAUUGACUUGUCAAGACUGUUCCAUUCUCCCAGUCCUUGAUAUAAAAGGCGCUGUUUUCCAUAAUUGCGCCUAACUCGCGGUAAGUAAAAAUUGGAUUUGCCACGAGUAUUAUAAGAAUGGAUGUCACUGAUUAGCUUUGUAUCAAACUUAAAAUCUAUAAUGCCAUUUACAUAUUUAUAAACGAAGACACAGCGGUGAAAUAACCUAAGUUUAAAAAGUGUUGGCCAACAAAGUUCUUCUAAUGCCUCUGUAGACAGGGAGAAUAUGGUUAACGAUCAAGUUGUACUUAAGCAGGCGAUCAUUUCCUCAAUGCUUUAUUCAGUGGCGAUGAUAUAAGGAGAGAUUAGAUGAUACAGUCAUGAUCUAGUCACUCGUAAGGUGAAAGAGUCAGGAGCGGACUUGAAAUGAAAAAUCCCUGCAAUAUUUCCAUCAAUUAUCAAAAUAGCGGAUGCAUAUCCUACAAACUAGAGUAAACUUUUUAAACUACAUUACGAACCACAGGCAAGGGUUAUACAUUCUGUAUCGUUACAGAGUAUAAGACGGGACCAAGCCGGCUUGAUAUGACUAGUUUAAUUGUUUUAACGCUCGAGAGAGUAGCAUUGCCUUUUGUGUGAGAUUUUUUUAUUACAGCAGUUCAGUCUGCUUUGAAAUUAAUUCGGAUGAAAAAGGAUAAAAAGGAGAGCUGCUUUACCUAGUUGAAAAACCUUACUACGGUCCUUUGAAAAUAGAAACCUGAAGUAUGGCGAAAAUUAAUUUUUUGUCACUCUGAAUAUUAUGUAAAUUUUUAGCGAAUGAAGAUUUGUCAGUGAUCGAUAAAUUGGUCAUUGAACUCAGCAGCGGAAUAAGAUAAAGAGUUUGGAAAGGUUUUAUGUCGGAGACCGGGGCCGUACAAAGUUAAGAUUUUUGAUUGACAGAUUUGUGCAUGUGAACGCUUCGAAGCUACCCUUUUCAUCUUGAGUUAGAACGGAACUGUGGGCAAAUAUUGGUUGUACGUAAAAAAACCUUUCAAAUAUGACUUUUUCGACUUUAUUGCUUCCUGACAUUUAUGGAACUUUUUCAUUUAUUUUGAGAAGUCUUUGUUUUAUUGUGACACUAAUAUCUCUUUUUCUAACAUCCAAAAUAUUAUUAACGUAACUAAGAUGGAAAAUUGGCAUUUAAUUAAUAAGGAUUGACGUCAAGGUGUCCUUUGAAACAUCCGGGCUUGAUUUGCUUGAGGCUAAAAAGCGUCAUUUGUUUAUUAAGUCUAAUAUCUUACACUAUUGACUUCGAUAUAUUUUAAGCCUUUCUGAUUAAUUUAACUCUAAGUUUUUCAAGAUGCAUAGUUCUUGGAUUCGCACUCUCCAUUAGGGAAAACAGUAGCUAUCAUCAUGUUAUAAAUUUGAUUUUUCGUAAAAAGAUCCAGUUUAUUAAUGAAAGUGCGAUUAUAUGCUUUAAAGAAAAAAAAUAACCUAUUCAAAGACAAUUUAAAGUUUAUUCUUGUAAGUUAAGUGUGUUUAGAUGAUUUUACCAAACAAAAAAGUCUAUUUGAACGAGACUUUCAAUUUAUUCUUUCAAGUUCAGUUCACGAAAAGACUAUUGUCUUCAAACGAGACUUUCUUUAGAAUAUUCAGUUACUUAAAUGGAAAUAAUCGUUAAGCUAAAAGUGCAAAAUUUUGAAGUUAUUGAAAUUCAAUAUCCUCUCCUACGUGUUUCAUGUUUACAGUCGUGGGGAUCAAAGACAUAAUACGCCAGCUUUAUUCUAUGGUGCAAUAAUUUAUGUACAAAUUCUUUAAAAAUGCUUUUUAUUUUUGCCUUUGGUAAUUACAUUAUAUGAUAAGGAAAAGCAAGUAACGUUUGCUCCAAUUGGCAUUGAUAUGAAUUUUUACCUGAUUCGUCCCAAGACUCCAUCGCUGACGCGCGACAAGGCACUGCGAUCUGGGAAGCGGGGUAUGAUGGGAAGAUGGAUGUGAAGGUCUCUCAUCUUCUUUCUCUCCUGACAAUCAUACAUUGCAGUCCCUUUUCCCCCUUACGGCACGUUCUUUUAGACUCCUUGGGACGAGUUAGCAAUUAAACCACGUGCAUGCUUGGGGAAUUUUUAAAUGGUUUCCAUAGAAACUUAAAAAUGAAAACUGUGCAGUGGAUAUUUUUAUUUGAUGCGAAUUCCGGAAGUGCUAAUUGGCACGUGACUUGUGUUAUUAGAAUUUUUUUUCCGUGUGCUUUUCAUCGCAACGGAGCGUUUUGUUUUCUAUUUUCUCAUUAAACUCAUAAAUUCCCAUUCUAUGUUCACGGCUCAGUGGUCGAGCCUUUUGACUGGCAUCAGAAGUAAGUGAGGCGCUAAUUUCACUUCCACCCCCCCCCCCCCCAAAAAAAAAAACACGUUCUAUCUGAAGUUGUUGGGAAAAUGAUCAUAUAAAAAACUUUUACGUCAACGAAAUACUUCUCUUCGAAUCAAAUAAUCACAGUACUGUAAAAUCCACCGACAAAUUCUUAAUUGCGAACUUCAGUUCAAUAUAAAUAAGCUUUUCCUCUAACAAAUCCAUCAAUUCCAAAAAAUCACUUAAUGAAUCAAAAAGUUACUAAUUGAUGAGCGUCUCUUUCUUUACAACUGUGACUGGAGGUGUAUCUCCACUUUUACUGAUCCACUUGAUUUUCACUUGUUUCGUUCGGCUUCGGUUCUCUGUAUCGUUGUCGUUUUUUCCUUUGCCUGUUUCAUUAACCUCCUCAAUUUCCUCCUCCACGACUAUAUACUCGCCAUGCUGCUGAGUGCCGUUCGGGAAGAUGUACGUACCAGGGCCGAUCAUUUUGUCGUCGUAAAAGUUGCCGAUGUAGUUUUGUUUUCCGAAAGUCAAUUUUCCCCUUCCUGCGAAAAAAUUAAUAAAGAAUACGAAAGUUUUGUCUAAUGGCCGUGUGCGAGGUCCGUGCGUCAUCACCUUAAGCCAAAAAUUUUUCCGUUCGGUCCUCCCUCUGUACAUAGUAUUAAGAAAUAAACAUCGCGAUAACCAAAAGAAAUUUGUUCCUCAUAGCAGAAAUAAGUUGGGAAGAAAGAAAUCAGUUUGGGGAAUUUUGUUUUUUAACUCUUUCACUCACGAGAUCUGGGUGUUAACUCUUCCCUCUAGCUGCUACACCAGAAUUUGGUGUUAGAUCAAGAUAGCAAGCUCUACUUGACAAGUUUGAGUAUUCUCAUAACCUGUUUUCUGAAUAAUGUAUGGAUAUUAUAGGGAGAAGUUACAUGUGAAUCACUGGGAGUUAAAGGUUUAAUCAAAACCAUUUUCUCAAGGCUAAAAUUUUGAGAAUAAGAUAGGGAAUUGUAAUGGGUUCUUCGCUGGUGAGCGGUGAGGAGAAUUGAUAUUCAAUCUUGUAAGGAGCUUUCUCAUUAUUUGAUUUCUUAGGUGUUCGUUUACAUUACCACAGUAUUUUGGUAAGGUUUUUUUUUGGUUCAAGGUAGUUUUCUACUUAGAAAAGCAACUGAGAAAUAUCGUUGAUACCUGUAGUUCUUCCCACGCAACUAAGUAAACGGCAAGGCGACCGACAACAACGAUAGAAUUUACAAAUGAAAUGGAAAACGAAGCCAUAAAAUUUUGGAUAAAACCUCUACAGCUUUCAAAUUUGCCUUCCAUUGCGUUACGGUGCUGAUAGAAAAUUUUUCCGUCCUAGGAUAACGAAAUUCUUUAAGUAUUGCAAAGGAAAGAGAGCAAAAAAAUUUGUCUUUUUUUUCAUUAGUCUGGCUGAAUUUAUUCUGUCUUAAGUUUUGUGAAAUUAAAAUUAUGCUGUUUUUAAAGACAUUUUUAAUGAGAUGAGAGUGGGAGUUGGAAAUGGAAGUGGAUAUUUUGCGAAAUUCGCUUAAGUCACAGAGAAUUGAAACGUUACAGUGACGAUCGGAUUAAUUGUUAUUGUAGUAAAUCCAUUUUUUUUUCCACUUGUGAGUUUUAAAACGCAAUGGUUUACUUCAGCUUAUCUUAGCUUCAACGCACAAGGGUGUAAUUGUUCCCAUUUAUUCUAUAUUAUGACUGGGUGAUAGUUUGGGUUUUAAUUUAACUCUCAGUCGUAUUUUUGACAUUUUUGUAUUGACUAAAACCUGCUCCUCAUGUAUGUUAAAAAACCUCUUUAACCUCAUACUGAAUAAUGAUCAAAACUCAUUUGGUCGUGGUGAAGCUCGUUGUGAUACGCAUUUGCAAUUUUUAGUUUAAAAGUAUAUUUUGCCUUCAAAAGUUUUGCCCUUGUUAUGAUAGCCAUUCUUCAAAUUUAUUCCGUAAUUUAAUACAUUAAUUUUCGGUUCUUUGAUCGCAAAGCGCUCAUUUGCAUUCGUCGAUUUGCCGUCAGACAACUUGUUUAGUUUCUAAUGUAAAACUGUCGCCAUUAUAUAUGCACCAAUGUUUGUUUUUACCAGUUCCAGUUUGUUUUUAAAGUAUAAAAACUCGCUAGCGACAACUUUCAGCUUUGUAUCUGUUUUUUCUUUGUCUUCGUACGAUUUGUCGGUUUUAAUUUAUUUAUGUCCAGCACGUUUUCCUUUCUUAAUAUUUAAUGGGCAUAUGAAAGCUCCUAGCAACCAUUUCUUCAAAAAUUUCUUUUAUAAGGCGAAUAUCGAGAGAAAUGUGUUACUUUUUAAUCGUGUGCCAAGACGUGAUUAUCAUCAAAUUAUCUCUUCAAGAUCGUUCCAUAAAUAGUUUUUUUUUACAUAGUUUACGAUCGUCAAAAAUUCUGAUCGUCAAACUGUUUGCCCAAACUGAGUGAUCCGCCAUCUUCGAGCUGAGGUGCAAAUUGUGAUCGAAGUGAUUCAAACUGGUGAUAUUACGGUUAACGUAUUCAAAAGCAAAGCCUUAUUACAAGACCGUUUCGACUCGUUGUUUUGUGUUCGUCUUCAAUAUUUUACACUAAGUACGCAAUUAUUAUUUUUGUACCAAAAAACACCUUGAAAAAGCUAACCUGAUCUUUUUCCUUCGAACCACUGUCCUUCGUAUGACAUUCCACUCGCCGCGUAUGUGUACGUCCCUUGUCCAUGUCUUCGGUCGUGUUCCCAUUCGCCUCGAUACAAAUCGCCAUUGGUAUAAAAAUAAGACCCAAAUCCAUGCCUGAGAUCGUCUCUCCAGCUUCCCUCAUACUUCGCUCCAUCAGGAUACAAAAAAGUCCCUUGUCCGUUUUUCUUGUUGUUUUCGUAAUGCCCCAUAUAACACGCGUUUCGCAACUUGCCCUUGAGCUUUCUAAAGACAUAUUUACCAUAGCCAUUUCUGUACCCGUGCUUAUACUGUCCUUCGUAUAUAUCGCCAUUGGGCAGCCUUGCUUUCCCCUUUCCGUGCCGUUCGCCGUUUUCGUUCCGAUCUCCUUCGUACGUAUACGGUAACACCUCGUUUUCGGAGUCCAUCUCCUCGUCAGAUUCGCGUAACGUUUCCAUGCCACCAAAAUUUCAAAUAAAAAAGCCGAUUUGUUUUAUUCAAACUCACAAGAAUUACAAAAUGCGUUGAGAAUUUUUUAAUCUUCCGUGUGGUGGAAACUACUCGCUUUUUCUCGAGAAUAAAUCAAAUUAAGUGAUAUUUUGUCGCGCAGAUCAAACUUCAAAUAUACUGUGACACCGAAAUGCUCGCCUUAAACUUCCCCCACAGAUAGACCGCCAGAUAAUUUUAAUUUUUAACCGCGUGUUUUUAGUUUGCUCUGAAAGCGUCUAUUCGUGGAUAAAAAAAGAAAACCUCUACACGAAUCACGUUAAUAUUUUAAAGAUGUCUUUUGUGAUUGUGUUGAGGAUACUUUCGCUUUAGAACAGGGCGAUGUAUUUAAAUCAUUCCUGAAUAUUUCAAUUGGUGCUUCACUCGCAAACAUGGCCAGACACUCAGAAAACAUAAUCGUGCUUCUGAAUUAUUAAUUGGCUGGGAAAUUUUUUGCGGUAGUAUUUCCAAAUUAUCUAAAAUAUGCAAAACAGGGGAAUUGCCGGCUAACUGCUGCGAAAGAUAUCGCUUGGGGCAGUUGUUUUUCUUUUUCUGCGAUAGCUACUAUAUCAUUUCAUCGUUUAAACCCUUUUGUUGUGAGGAAGGAAGACUAUAGCGAUUAAAAUCCUGACGCUGAUGGGAAAAAAUUUAGUGCUAUAGUUUUUCCAAAAAUAAAGUGAUAAGGAACAUACUCAUUCAAAUUGGCCGCAUAUUUUUUUUUAUCACGCAGGUUUGCUCAAUGCACCUUUUUCAUUCAGUGUGGUUCUCUCAAUUAAACUGAAGCGAGAACACUAAACAAUUUGGAAACAUUUUUUUUGUUUAAGUUACAGUUCGUCCAUUUCAAUUUUGUUUUUCAUUUUUUUUUUUCAGUUUGAGAAAAUUUUUCCGCAAGGUUGAUGUACUUAAUCAAAAUAAUCUUUAUGCCUCAAGUUCAGUGUUUUGCACCGCGUCAUUAAUAUUAAAUACUUUUUAAAAGGAGAUAAUUUUUAUUUUGAUUUCCUUUGAUCCCCAAUAAAAUUUAAAAUAGAGAAUGUUUCUGCUUUAAAAAUAUACUCGUCACAAGUUUAUAGAGGUACAAAAGUAUCGUGCAGUCCUUUUUAAACAUUGAGGCUGAUGCCUUCUCCAAGAAAAGAGAAUCAGAAGGAAAAAUUUUCUUAACUCCUUACGGAAUCGGGAAUAAUAAAGUUUGAUUUCGUUCAUGAUCGAUGAAUGGUUGUAAUUGAGUUCAUAAAUGUUCUGAAUACCUCGUUAACCUCCUGAACUCUAAUAUCAGCAUUCAUAUUCUCCACACUGUUCGCUUUACAUUUCCUUUGGUACGGAUUAGGAGAAUUUGUUUCACAAUCAAAGCUGCUAAGGUUGGCGAUCAUUUCAUUUAUUCUCAUGAUCUUAAUGAAUGGUUCAGCAGUGUUACUGUUAGGAGAAAUUAGAUGCUGAUCACUCUUACGGUUUUUAAGGUUUGAUUGUAUACGCUUCUUGAACACAGGUGCUUCGGUAAACUUUACGAUCAAAUUUCAAGCAACUGGCCUCCUUAUUAUCUCAAUCGAUAAAUUCAAUUUAUCAGUCCUAGUAUAAAAGAUCAGUAAAUUUUCUUCGAAGGGGUACUCUGCGGUGCACCUUUAAAUUUCAGGAACGUUUUAUCAAUACAAGUUUUCAUUUGUGGUCAGUUUAAGAAGAUAUGGUCUUACGUUAACGAAGCUUGGAAAAGCAGCAGUUGAACAUCAGCUUGGAAAUUAUUUACGUGAAAUUAACUGUCAUAGCUUGUUUGCGUGCCAUCUUUUUUCAAUUUUUUUCACACUGGUUACAAAACCGUAAUCAACAUUGAAGAUGGCUCCAAAUGGUUUCAUUACCUUUAAUCACCAGUUCUCUGUGUUCGAAGCCACCUUUUUUGUGUGUUUGUUUCCUUAAAGUUUAGGUCAAGAAAGGCUUAAUUAUUUCUCAGCAAGUUGUGACCAUUAAACUUACAAUUUAGGUUACCAUAGCAACACUACAACAGACACCCCUAUUUUUUCUCUUUGUGUGCCUGUAACUCAAUAUUAAGCUCGUUGAUUCCCAUCUUUUAUCUCUGAAUUGAAAUCAACAUAUCAAUAUUCAAUAAAGGGGGUAAGUUUCUAAAGAAACUGUGGUGCUGCGUCGGUGGGAGAGUAUAACAGGGUAAUUUAGUGCUAUCAACUGAGUUGAUAACGUAAAUUGACCACCGUAAAGAGUUUAAAGAGUUUAAAGGCUGUCGUUUCGAGCGUUAACCCUUUGUGAGAGCGAUUGACGAAGGACUAGCGCUCGAAACCUGAGCCUUUAAACUCUUUACGGUGGCCAAUUUUCGUUUUCAACUUAGUUGGUAACACUAAAAUUACCAUAUUAAUAUUCAUCUCUCUUCCAAGUUUAAGAAUAAUCUAUACAUACAAUUCAGAGCCCCCUCAACCUCUAAGUUGGACCUUUUACUCUUUGGCCGGUACGAGCGGGCAUCUGAUUUCUCCUCGCAAUAUCAACCCUGAAUCGUAUAUUAAAGUCACGAGAGCAAAGCUAAUGAUCAACUAAAGAAGCUCUUGAUUGUUAAACAAAUUCUUCUUGUCAGUAUCAUAGGAAAUGUAUAGGGAAUAGUUUGGAGAAUAUGCUUACUGAUGUUAGGUUAAGAAGGAUUAUCUCUUACAGUUCUCCCUUCUACUCAGCACAAGCUAAAUAGGUAUCUCUUCUAAAUGAAUCUUUUCUUAACUCUCCCCAGGCCCAAUUCAGAAACGUUCCUUGGGACGCGCACUCCAUCGUAGUGUUUCGGUUGUACCUGCAACCAGGGGAUGCAUCCACUUCUGCGUCUAAUCUGCUGGACGAGAGCAAACUUGCAGCGUGGACUGCUAUACCGCUGGCGUUAACUGCAGGCUCGCAAGCAUCCAGACGUGGAAGACUAUCGGGAGGUAUUCAAUAUUGUGGCUAAAUGACCCGGAAAAUGAUGAAAGUGUUCCUGCUAAGCGGGUGGUUUUCAAGCCUUUCUGAAGGAAUUGCUUUGUAAAACUUUCAAUGUCAAUAGCAAUACAUUAUCCAGCAAACGGUUGAUGAAAACAACAAAGCUGUCGGCUUGCGGAUAUCAUUUUGAUAAAGCGGCAGCAAAUACCCCCUACUAAUUAACAAGGAAUCGUGUAGCAGCAAGAAGGCAGAAUUACUUAUCAGAUCGAGCGAGUUGAAAGGUUAAUCUACAGCUAGUGUCCCUCAUAUGUAUCACCAAAAGAGGAACAAAGAGACGAGAGCUAGCAUUAACCAUUAAUUUUUAUUUAUAUUUUUCUAUUGUUUAUUAACAUUUAGGUAAUCAAGGCGGAGGACUUAGGCUAAACAUUGGUACUCAUUAUCUUCCUCUGUUUUUCCCACCGGUUGUUCCAGUUCCUAAUAUUCCACUGCGGGUAAGAUACUGAACUCUCACCAUUAUGUAACAGGAUAAUUAAGUAUCAUCAACUGAGUUAAUAAUAUAAAUUGGCCACCGUAAAGAGUUUCAAAGCUAAUGUUUCGAAACGUCAGCCAUUAAACUCUUUAAGGUGGCCAAUUCAAGUAAUCAACUCAAUUGAUGAUACUAAAUUACCCCGUUAUACUCUGACGCAGCACCACAGUUUCUAUAGAACUCCCUCCCCCUUUAUCACUACUGUAGGUCCUUUCGUUGUAUGAUGAUUUUCACUGGAUUCUCUUUAAGGUGAAACCAAGGUAUAAACGCAGCAAUUAAAUGAUAUGUAGAAAUAAAGUGACACGGACCGAAUGAGAAUUUACAGUGAAUGCUCGUGCGAUCAGAAGCGAGAAAGGGCGAUUUUGUAUCUGACUGGAUUAGUGUCGGCCGCGAGGUUUUAAAAUCAGUAUAACAACGUAGGGGUUUCAUUAAAAGCUGGUGUUUGGCCGUCUACCGCUUGCGAGCAGCAUCUCAUGUUUGGGCUUCACUUUCGAUCCCUUUGCGGGGCAAAGCCCCUUUUUGCAUCAUCGCCUGCCUCUCAUGGAGAAAGUUAUUGAAUUUCCUGGUAAUGCACAGCAAUAAAAAAUGGAUUGUUUUAACUAUCAGUUGAAUUUUUCUAAAGUGUUUAUAUAUGGAUGUGCCUCCAAGGUGUUUCCUAGUCCUCAUGUUUAUUGGUUCUUGAUAUCAGGGCCCUUUUCCGGAACAGUGGUCCCCCUAUGGACAGGCCUCGUUGAGGGUAUCUAUUUUUGGUUCAGGCAAUCUCCCACCUGCGACAUCCAGUCCUCCUGAAGAAUUUCAAGAUGAAAAUGACCUUCCCAAGGUAAGCAGGCACUCUUUUUACUGAAAAAUACAAAUUCGAUUUUAUGUACGGCCUUGUAGAAGUCCAUGUGAAUGUAUGGAUUCAUUCAACCCUUUAUACCCUAACAUCAGUAUGCAUAUUCUCCAUACUGCUCUCUAUACAUUUCUUAUGACUCUUACAAGGAGAAUUUGUCUAACAAUCAAGAGCUUCAUGAAUUCGCAAUCAUUCCAUAAUUGUCAUGACCGUAAUGUUUGUUGGUCUACGUUUACAGUGAAUGUGAUUGAUCGUCACCUGAGUCUUACCUUUUUUCGUCAUUCUAGGAUGUAUGGAUAAAGAAUGGUCGGUCCUCUAUACUUACUGACGAAUUUGAAGAAGGGAAUGGUUUUGAUCUUUAUAUUGACGCCGCACGAUUUCUUCCAGACAGUGUCAGCGUCACUAAGGUGUGUUUAAAGUACAGUAGAACCCUGCUAACUUAAACUCCUAAGGGAAACAAAACGUUGUCCGAAGUAACUGAUAGUAAAUGGAUUGAAAAAUUAUCCUUACUGUCUGCUAUACAUCUCUUGUGACUUAAGCUCUGAGAAUUGGGUGUUAAAUCAAGGAAUAAAACAAAGCUGAUACAAAUAUUUCUUCUGAAAAUUAUGUUGGUAUUAUAAGGAGAACUGGUCACCUCUAGGAGAGAGCGGAGGCAACACCUGUUAACCCUUUAACUCCCUAGAUCUCAUUAGUAAUUCUCUUUACUAUCUGACCUACAGUUCUUAUUAUGUCAAUUUGAAGAAUUUGGUAUUGGAUCAACUAAUAAUCCCCUAAUUGUUAUUUUACUUUAUUCUCGUCACUUCUAUGUUUGAUACUGUUUUGAUAUUGUAAGGAGAAAUUCUCUCUUGGUCACUCAUGGGAGGCAACACCUGUUAAACGAUUGCUCUUAACUCAUAUCAUUGCUACUGACUUCCGUUUUCAGGUGGCUGGAAGAGUAUUGGACAAGAACUACACAAGGUAAAACUUGUGGUAAAUGAUUAAUGGGAUUUCAGAUAGGCAAUCUACUCACCUUGUGCAAGAACCCAGAUCCUGCGUUCAAACCAAGGCUAGGAUGUUGUGUUUUUGUAUGAGACACUUGCCUCGACCGCCCCUUUGUACACAAAAUAAGGAGACGAAAUAUUAAGGUGAACUGAAAACAAAAGUUCUGGCGACUCUCUGUUGUGGACCAAGAGCGACAAUAUUCCAGAUCGGGUCAAGCCAAGGAAAGAGGAACAACCCCCCCUCCCCCGUACUUUUUUUUACUGCAGACGUUGUUUGGCGAAGGGACAUUACUCUCACAAUGCUCUCUUCACCCAAGAGUAUCAGUUAUUGGUGUAAUGUCAGGGAAGCUUGACAAAUUGCUGGGCGAAGGGGGGGAGUUGACCUGUGAUUGACUAGCGUCCCACUGAGAGGAGUACUCUUGAGUCCCUACAUUUUAUGAACAGCCCGAGCAUCACGAAAUAUAACACAAGGGAUCAAACUCAGUAUUGAGCAACUGCACACCUUCCCCUCCCUUUAACCAAAAUUGAUCCUUACUUGUUAUCAGUUGACUGUUUUAGGGUUAGGGGAGGGGUUAGUGCGCAAUUGCUCAGAUGCUGACAUUGAUCCUACACAAGUAUUCUCUUUUUCCUUUCUGUUGAUUUUUUUAGAAUUGGUGUAGACAUUGACGUACAAGCUACACUGGACAGUGAUAUCUACAACCCAGAAUACAACUGCAGGACAGAAUAUCGAGACCCAGUCUUCCCGCAGUCUUGCACUCUAAUGUUGAAAGUGUACACAGUGGAUAGGAUUUCAAAGACUCUUUGCUGUGUGGGAUACGGAUUCCUACCUAUCUUUGUUGAAGUUGGAACAACAAAACAACCGUCUGUCAGCAGCUCGAAUGUUAAGGUGUGUUAUAUUAUGUUUUGGUAACUUAUUAUAGGUUGGUUUGGACUCUUAGCUUACCUUUCUUUCACAAUACGGUCGUUUAUGAGAUGAAAAUAAUCCGUAGCUUACACAAGACGCGAACUGAGCUGAUGAAAUCAGCGAGGCUUCUACAAGCUGCAAGGUGCUUGUAUAAAUGGUUCGCGUCUCACGACACGUUGAGUUUUGCAAGCGGUUGCGAGCGCGAGAAUAAAUAGCGCUCGCGUCGUACGUAAGCCGCGAACAAGCUGCGAUGUCAUUUAUACGAGUGGUUUCGCGUGUUAUUUGAGUUGCGGUUUAUUUGAGACGUGCUCCCCUCUUUUGCCAAAGCCGCGGGAUGUAAAAGUGGAAAUGUACCGUUCAUACGAUGAGUUCGUGUCUUACAUGUAUGUGAGCCGCGGCACAUAUUGAAGAAAAUCUUCCUGUAUUUUAUUUUAGGUUGCUUUUAAUGAAGGUCCUCACCAAAUUCGUUUGUAUGGUGGUUCUCCAGACCUCUCUCAACCUUUACACGAGAGCGUGACGCAGAGUCUGUCGUAAGUAUCUGUGUAAACACUUAAUAAAAAAAGUCAAUCAACCAGCUAGUUGAGCGGUUGGUCAGUCAAUUGGUCAGUCGGUCGGUCUAAGGAAACAUUGUGGUGCGUCGGGUUGGGUAUUACAUGAUAAUUUGGUUAAUGUGAAAAUGCCACCAAAGAAAAUUUUGAGUGUUUGCCCUUCUUCUUCCGAGCAAAAGGGGGAAAGGGAGUCAUACAGAUAGUUAGGAAGUAAGUUAUUCAGCCAGUCAGGCCAUCACACAGCGAGCAAGUUAGUUAGUUAAUCAUUUGAUCAAUCAAACAAUCAAUUACUCCCUUAACUUACAUCCUGAAAACGCCUUGCCGUAAUGGCUAGCUUUUGUUAUGCUUAGUUUACGAUCCUGACUGCAAAUAAUUUGACUCAACAGUCCUGUACCAUGUGCUAGUUUGUUGGUAAGACUGGUUCAAGCGGCUUGCCAUCCUAAUGGAAGACCAAAAGAGGUAGGUAAACACUCUCAACAUGAUGCUAAUAAAUGUAAUUACCAUAUACCGCACCGGUGAAUAGUAAUUUUUGGGCGCGCUGAUUGGCUAGUCCGGAAGUGAUGAGUAAGUGUAAUUCACCUCCGAACAGCAGAAUAGACCAAUUGUAAGAUAAGAGUUCGAUUUCCGACCGUUUUUCGGUAUAUUGAGAGACGGAAACUAAAUUUUUUCAGUUUCUGUAUGGUAUAUGCUUAAACAACCUCCAUGUCGGUCAAAUGUGGUGGAUAUUUGCCUUCACUUCUGUGAAUAAUUGAUUAAUAAUUAUAAUUAUGGUAAAUACGACGACGACGACGAUGACGAUGAUCCGGAUGACGAUGAUCCGGAUGACGAUGACACAAAUGACGAUAACAAUAAGGCUUGAUGGUUUGUCUUAACUUUGUAUUCAGCAGUCCGUGAUGUGGUGUUGUGAGAUUUUUUACGACAUACUUUGAAUUGGGAAAAUGAUCUUUUGCUAAAAUAGAAGAACACCAGUAAGUUAAAAAUAAAACCGGAUAAAGAACCAGAAUAACUUAGAACGAAUAAGAAAAACACUGAUUGAAAUGACAAAUUUGAAAUAUUCAGGCUGGAUAUUUCAAGGUGUACUAAUCAUGAUGCAGGUCCCUCAAUACACCGCCACCUAGAAGUGAUCAACUUUAUUAUCUUUUUAGGCUUCAGAGUUCAAAGAGUCAGAGUGGGAGUCUGAGGGGCUGUUAGACCCCAAACCGAACUACGCAGACGGUGAGUUUCCGAGGAUUUCUCAUAAACCCCAUUAAAUCUUAUAUAACGUAUCUUAAAUAUGCCAAACAGUAGUUUACGUUAGCCAAGGGUAUCCCUGAGUUACGAACCCCCGAUAUCAAAAGCCCCUAGUAUUAUAAAUCUUCAAUAUACCAAAGCCCCUCCAUUACAGUUAGCUCUCUUAUAUAACAAUCCCCAAAUAACGCCCCCCCCCCCCACCCCAUCCAACUAAUCCUCGCUAUAUCAAACCCCCAAUAUGACGAAUCUCUAAUGUAACGAACCUCCAAUGUAACGAGUCUCUGAUAUAACGGGGUCCUAGUAUUACGAACCCCCGAUAUGACAAAUCCCUGAUAAAGCGUGCUCACGAUAUGACAAACCUUUGACGUAAGCCCCUAUGUAACGAACCUACGCAAUUUCGAACUUCCCGAACGAACGAUGUAACAAAAUAUAACACGGUAUUGUAACAUUUUAUUUUGAAACUGUUUUCACUAUAUUAGUCUUGACGAGCUGCUUGGUUCCCUCUUGUCUGUCGUAGCAAAAUCUUAUCGUUAUGCUAAUAUGCAAAGUGAAAGCAACGAUGUUGGCUUGACCUCUCCUUCACCUGAUGUUCAAAUCGUACCUUGGUGUAGGUCUUUUUUAGUUAAGAAGAGAAAUUAAUAAUGAUAUUAUUCGACUAAAGAUGAAUAUCAUAUUAAUUUAUUCCAUCAUAACAGAGAUUAACAUUUGCAUUCUUCCCUAUUCUGUUUAUAACACAAUGUUUCGAGAUAAUCAACUUAAACUUUGCAAACGUCAUACCAAACAACAGCUCCAUGAUCCAAUGACCUUUUUACUGCUUAAGUAAAUUAUUGCAUUGUCCGAAAACUUAUGAAAUGACCACUCAAUUAAACUACUUCACCUCAAUUUUCAUAGGUUACCAUUUGUUUGUCAGCGUUUUAAAACUUGAAAUGCAGGCUUUUUCUUUUCUUUUUUUUUUUUGCAUUUUGAGCAAAACUAAUUGAUCAUCACAAGAUGAGAUUGGCUUGCGAAAUAUUUUAAAACAAAGCAAAUUAACAGGUCCCCCUAAUUUGCACUCUUUUCCUGAAGUGAAGCGAAUCAGCGUUAAGUGAAUUGACUCAAUACCAUCACGUACCCUGUUCAACAAAAAUUACAUUUGAAAAUCACGGGGAAAACUUUGCACCUUAAAAAAACUUAAAGAACUCUGACCUUACUGACCACUCAGGAAUAGAUAAUUGCACACUUGAUUUCACAUCGCUCCUUGAUCUUACAUGACACACGCUUUGCGGUUUUGUCAUUGAACAUAUUUCACUCCAAAAGCGUGACAAUAUACACGCUUGUUUUUAUCGUGGUAGAAUUAACUUUCCCAAUGUUAUUUUAUACAUUAUUGUUUCAUGAGAAGGAUUUUAUUAUCUUAUGUGUCUAAUCUCUCUUUGUUUUAGAUCUGUGUUUUGACCUUAUGGCAUUCGUCUGAAAUUUUAGUAGAUUCGUCUAGUGAUUCUAUUAACAUAAAUGACAACUUGGCUUAAAAUGCUUUUGAGACAAAGUAAAAAGUCAUGAUGUUGAGCAAAAACAUAUCCUUAGUAAAAGAUAAGUUCUUUUACCUAUUAACUUUCUUUCAACGUUCAAACCGGUUGGUCUAACCUUGCUGCAAAUUGGUUGUGUUUUCUCCUGAGGUGUUUCCACUUUGUAAUCGCUCAUCGAUGACGCGGAAACAUUGAACUUCUCUUGGCAAAUUACAAAUUAAAACAAUGGUGGCUCCGUUGACAAAAAGUUUUCAUUGCUCACAUCUUCAUCGUUUUUAACACACAAACACUCUUGAUUUCAAACCUCAGUUUAUGUUAAAAUUCAUAUGUCUUCCUUCACUUUAGAGCAACGCACUGGUUGUGGCGUUGACACCUUUCUUACAGCAUCUGUCCUUGCUCUCUCAAAAGCAGCUGUUGUUUUUCUAAGCGUUGUAGGAGGAGCACUCCCUCUCCGUCGUUGAAGGUCUAAUUUCUCUCUUUUCUUUUUUGUUCCCUCUUCAAUCACUCUGAGAUUCUGAUAUAUUUCGUGAAACGCCUGUUUCAUGGCAUCUUCGUACUUCGUUGCCUGAUUGCCUCGCACUCUCUGUCGCUCGACGUUUUUCAUGGUAAAUAGUGGAACAGCUGAAUUGAAAUGACCCCAAUGGCAAUCCGUCCAAGACUUGUGUUAGGUUGUUUUACAUCCGCUCCUAAGGAAAUUUUGCGGAAGUUUUCAAGGCAUUUGGACUUGUUUUGCCAGCUCUUUGUAUAUUUCUGCAACCAAUCGAAUUUUAUUUUGCGUGGGAAGAGUUGUGAUUUGUGACGUUUAAAAGAGAAAUCACGUGAUAAAGGUUUCUUCACGUGCUAAUCGAAAAUUUUGUUUCAUCUCGGCAGUAUUUGAAAGAAAGAAUAACUUGAUAAAAGACUCUAAAGGUUCUUGAAAUGAUAGUUAGGUUUGUUUUGUCAUUGUAGAGGAGACCAAAAUAAACCUGACGAACUUGUCGAGGAGUUUUUUUUCCUUGCGCUUCUUUUCUACUUAGUGGGCAAGCGAGGAAAGCUUAGCAAUUGAAAAAUUUGAUACGAACCUGUGCAAUUUCGUGGUUCAAGUCUUCGAACUGCGUGUUUAUCAGUUUUUGUUGUCACUCAACCUUGGAGGGUAACCACAACAAAUGUGUAGGCAGGAUGUGUCUCUGUUAUGAAUCGAUUGUCACCUGAGGGAUGUGUUUUAGGCUAUAAUUUUAUUUUGAUUAAUCUCUAUAAUUUCUCAGCUGGAUGCUCAACUUUUGUGCCACCUAAUUUUCAAAUUGUAUCAGGAAGGGAUCUUUACUUAUCUUUGUUUCCUUCUGGAAGAAAUUCCUUGUUUUCUUGCCAACAUUAUGUGCUUCAUUACUGAACUGUUUCUAAAUAACAUGAGGUCAAACUGUUUAAUAUGAUUGAGGAUUCAAAUUUUCCACUCUUUUCCUUCUUCGAGAAUGUUAUUUCUCUUACCUUUGCCUGAUUUGUAAGCAUGCCUGGUAUGCGGCUGUUGAUAAAACUACUUAUGGCUAGAUAUAAUUGUAACAAUGACAUUCUUUCUUUUAAAGGACUCGAGUGUUUUUCUCAGUCAUUAUGGAAAUUUGAAGCCUUGUAUUCAUGUUAUUUCACGUGACAUUAUUUAUUGAACGAUUAUUCAGUAAUUCCGUGUAAGUUCGCGUAGAUUUGUGAUGUUAGAGCGCAAUCCUUUCCGGAAAUCAUCAUAAACUGUUUUUGUGGUUUCACCUUAUUAACUUUAAGUGGCUUUGCUCGGGUCACCAUUGAUACUUAACGUGAAAGAAUGACUAUUGAAAGCUUAGUAACAUUUUGAAAUAGUCACAAUGAAGGUCAUGGGCUAGGUCUUAGCGGUGGCCAAUUCACAUUAUCAACUCAGUUGAUAAUGCUAAAUUACCUUGAUGGCAGCAUAGCACUUCGGCACGAAUUUUUCUUCGCCCGCGGUAAAGUACGAAGCCUUGAGCCACGUGAACCGGCGAAAGGUCUCUAAGGGGUCUGGUACUGAUAAUGAGGGUCUCAUUAUUGGUGCCAGGCCCCUAGCAAACCUCUCAGACUCAUCUCAAACCUUUCGGCUGGUGGGGAAGCGCGUCCUGCAGCACUUAUAAUGAGGCUAAUGACAACAUCGCAUAGUCUCUUGUGUUGUAAUAAAACCUCCAGUAGAGGCUAGCUCUUUAUGGUGGCCACCUCUCCACAUUUGCUUGGCUGUUUGGUCCUAAUACUGUGCCGAUCUAUACGUUUAAUUCAUGAAGACCUUUGAACUCCAAUAUUCGACAAGUAAUGCCCCUUCAAGCUCCAUACAUUUUCUUGUAAAAACAGUCAAGAGAAGUUGGUUUUAUAUCGAGAUAACACCCUUUUAGCCGAUGAUUCGGCUUGUGACAUGUUUUAAAUUUUUUCUGGGUGUUAUUGGUUAGAACCUCUCGAUAUGAACGAUCCUCACACUUCUUCUCUCUAUAUAUAUAUCUCUCUAUCAACAAGACACAGUUAACUCUGCUUAACUUAAAUUAUUGGUUGCACAGAAGUUCAACUGGUUUUAUUUCAUGGGAUUGGAUUCUUAACCCUUAAGCUCCCGAAGAGGAUCGUUCAACAUGUAACGAGUGACAAUUUCACUACGUUAUUCAGCACAAAGGUCAUAAUAUCAAAAAUCAUCUUGAUGUAAUAUUUAUAAUUCUCUAAACUAACUUAGAAGCAAAUUUGUAGUUAACUCAGCCUUAUGUUAUCGGUUUCAAAGAAGUUCUUUUUUUUCUUUCAUUCUAAUCAUUCAAGACUUUAUGUUUCUUCCUAGGAGCAUAUUACUCCCUCUCUUGUGAGCCCACCCUGGGAGAGUGCCAGAUAUAUCACAGUAUGGUUAAGAGACAACCAAUCAAGACUCGUGAGGCAAUAAAACUCAUAGGAGAUGGUCAGGAACAUAAACUAAAGAAAGACAGAGUGAUAGAAAGCUGGAUCAAGGUAAGUUAAUCGUCUGAGCCGAUUUUAUUGGAGACCACUAGGCCUUUUUCUUGAAAGUCCUGGUAACUUAUCAGCACGAAGCCAUACUUAAAAAUUUAGAUUUAAAGAAUAGAGAGGUAGGUUGUGACUAUCUAACCACUCCAUUUUGUUUCUUGAGUUGAUAUUUUUAUCAUUUAAUUUUCAAACAUUUUGAGACCCCAUCUUAAAUGAAAGCAAAGCGACUUUACGGGCUCGUUAAGUUGACAGGACAUUCGAGAAACGGUCCCCAGCUGGUCAUUUCUAAUCCUUAAAUCCUGGUUAGUUACGUUUAGUCUUCAUAACUAUCUUUCCACUGCUUCUGGUUGGUUAGUCUGUCAAUAAGAUUGCUACUGAUAGACUGAGCCUAUUACUAUUAUGAUAUCAAAUCUAUGAAUUGAAACAAAUAGUCGCUCAAUCAUGCAAUGUGUCAUACUUUCAGUCAGUUAAUCAGCCAGCCAGACAGUCAGUUUGUCAGUCAAUCGUUUGGUCGAUCGGUCAGUCGGGUAGUCAGUCUGUUUGUUAUGCAGUCAGCCAAUCAGUCGGUUAGUGUGUCAUUCAGUCAGUCAGCCAGCCAGCGAGUCAGUCGAUUCAAUCAAUCAGUCAAUUGUUUGAUUGUUCGUCCGUUGUUUCAUUCCUUCAUUCAGUUAUUCACUGUCAUUCAUUCAAUGGUUAGUCUUAAUCUUGCAUGAGAUCAUGUACGUGUCUAAGACUAGUCUACAGUAAUCCUGUUGUAUUUUGUUUUUGUUUUUUAUAUGUAUAGACUCGCCUCACUCGAAAUAUCGAUGCUUUGCCUGGUGAUUUGGACCUUAGCUACGUUGCUCUAUACCACGUUAUGCACGGAUUAAAGGUAUGCAUAGAAUAUCAACGUACUUGGAUUUAUGAUGGUCAGUUGUCCAUCAGUGAAUAUCAUCGAGGUUAAAAUGUACAGUUUUAUGCUCGCGCAAUAAGGAUUGGAACAAAUUCGAAUUUUUCACCUCCUGUUUGAUAGUUGUAAUCACUUUUACAAUUAUUGAUAUGUUAUGACGCUUGGAAAUUUUUCUAUUUUGCAACGAAUACCAGAUCUCCGUGGAUGCUGCGCAGAAUUUACCAUGGUCCAAUUUUACAUUGGUCAGCUACUGUCUGUCGCCUCCCGGGUCAUUUUAUCGGGUGAGUGAAAGAAAACUUUGGUAGACUCUUUCUUUUUUUUUCUGGUGGGUUCUUAAACCAGAUCUGUGUUGAAUUCUCAAGACAUGGUAAAGUGUAGGAUCACACGCCAUGCUGUUUUCUUCUUUCCUCACUUAUUCCUUUGUUCGUAAUUGCUUUUUUAAGGGUGCCAGAGAGGACUCGCUGAACCACGUAACAAAACCAGUGUACUCCAGUAGUGUUGCCUCUCCUGUGUGGAAAGAUGGACUGAAGGUCAGGGAAGCAUUUGGCUUAUUUCUGUGCGAAUUGAGGAAUAUCACUUUUUGUUUUACUACCGCAUGCGUUACCAUGAUAAAGAUAUGAAGAUCACAUUUGUUAGGGCGAGGUUAUGUUACUUUCUAUGACAAAAACUUUGGUUUUCGCUUUGAUGCUGGCCUGCAGAACAAGCAGUCUUUUUUCUCGCAUAUCCCCCUCGCGCGUAACUCGCUCCUCGCGCUGUCCUCGUUCUCGCCUUGCGCGUGUUUCUGCCAGCUUGAAAAACGCAACAAAAAGGAAAAUUUUCUGCAGGUUAUUUUGCCCUCAAGUGAACUUUCUCCAUACUUCGGCACCACUCGGCACCUAACUGUUUCAUAUUGUUGGCUUGUUUGGCAGGUUUUCCCCCGCCGUAUUUAUCACAGGUGCAUGGUUGUUAUCGUCCACCUUCAUGAGUUAGUAUUGGACACUACUCAGACCAAAACAUCUUACAGUUUACAAGGACAGGUUCGUGGUAUCGUGACCAAGGCAGAAUUUCUCUUUACAAUAUCAAUACAAUAUCAAGCAGACAGGUCAUGAGAAUAAAGAAAAAUAUCAUUUAGGGAAUAAUUAGUUGAUCCAAUCCCAAAUUCUCUAAACUGACAUCACAAGAACUGAAUGGCAAACAAUAGGGAGAAUUACUAAUAAGAUCUUGGGAGUUAAAGGGUUAAUCAUUUAAGGCAUCUACCUAACUGCAUUUUUGAAAACCUGUAGAUUUAAAUGAUUAAACUUUUGAAAGGUUACUUGAUUUACACAUAUAUCUUAUCCUCUCCUUUGAUCUAAAAAUCAAUUCUCCAUACAGUCUGCCAUACAUUUCUUUUAUUUUUAGUUUCGAGAAUUUGGUAUUAAGUGGUACCCUGAAGUUGACAUCUUUCUUUCUCCUCGUGGCCUUCCUAUUGAAAUUAGUUCUCUUUUGCUUACUCUUGGGAGUGAAAGGGUUCAAUGCUGGAUUACGGAUCUUAUGUUGCUGUGUUACUAGUCUGAAGAGUUUUGUCUAUGAAAGAACCACAAAGUUUUAAUACCGACAGAAGUAAUGAAAUAUGAGGAAUUCUAGAAUCGUCAACUCGCUAUAUAUUUUAGAGGUAAAUUUUCACGUUGUUGUUUUGUGUUUGUUUAACAUUUUGAUUCUUUUAGGCGUGGACCGCUGUUCAAGUGUUUGAUGAAGGUUAUGUUAUGAACGGUUGUUAUCAGCUUCCUCUGUACACUGGGGACCUCCCUGAGGUACUCUUAGAUCAUAUAAUUAGAACAGUAUGAUUGUGUCUGGCUUAUUAAAGGUACAAAGUAUGUUGCAUGAUAGCCAAUGGUAGGCUGUUUAUGACAAACUAAAGUCGAACCUUCAUUGUCCAGAUUUUUUCGUUUAUCCUCACCAGCCUCGCUGGGCCCAUUUGUACACCGCUAUAUAAGCAAACGUGGAUGCUUCUAUCGAAAUAACAAGAAUGUUUCGAUGGAAACCAACAAUCUUUGGCAAAAAUAUUUAGAAAACUGUAGGGAACUCUUGAAAAUCGGUUACACUGUGAUGGGAAGGAGAAGGGGAUUACAUGAAAUUGUUGUUUUUCAUGGAAACAAAUAAGAUUGUCUCGAACAUUUAGUCGAAGACUGUCAUCGCUGUUGUCAAACGUUUAGUUUAAAAAUCCUCUCCUGGUUGAAUAGAAGGCAUUCUAGUUCUCAAAAUUUGUAAUAAACUCAUGAGAUCUUUAUUUUCCAAGUUAUUAACUUUUUUAUAUUUCGUUUCGACUUAUUUCUUUUUAUUCCCUUGCAGGCUGUGCUUAAUUCUCUUGAAAGCGAUAACUGUCACAAUGUGCUUGCCAACUUUCGAAGAAGAAAGGCGGUAAGAUUGGCAAUUCUCCCUUCUGGCUGCUGUACAUUUUCUUGUUAAUUAGUGGAGAGAGUUUGGUGUUGCAUCAAGAUAACACCCUGCAGCUGAUAAGUUUUCCCAUUCCCAUAAUUUGUCUUACGGAAAUUCAGGAGUUUCAUGUCGAUCACAACAGAGAUUUUUCAAAAGCAUGGGCGAACGCUCUUCUGUAACGCUUUCUUUUAUUUAUUUUCUCAUGCAAUGAAAAUGUGACAUACUAUUGCUUAACGUUUCUUGUUUUUUGUUCUCCAAGAUUAAGCUUUUGGAAGGUAGUUCAGUUUAUGUUCGAUUAUCAGACGCCAGAAGAGCAGAAGAACUUCCUGCGCCGAAGGUAUAAAUAAUUCUUCUUACACCGUCAGUUUGUGACUGUUUCCGGUUUGAAAGUUAACGAAUUAUAAAGGUAUCAUGGCCACAAUUUUUUAGAAGCAGGAACUUUGAAACCUUCUUUCCCCUCCACUCUACCCGUACCUAUUCCCUUGGUGAGAUCUUCCAUACUAACUCUGAGAGGGAGAACUUAAAACGCAGAAAUAUUAGCUUUUCCAUCCACUUCCAUUUUCUUGCAGGCUGAGGCGUCAAAAUAGCUGUAGCUUUGUUAAGAAAAUGUAGAUUUAAUACAAAGCAACCUGGCCUACUCCCACUAAGACGUUACAGUAGGAAACCCCUUCCCUAUUGGGAAAUACUUUCCUAUACCAAUGAAUCUCUAACCCUUUUUUCUUUUUCUACAAAAUCGUUUCAGAUGAGAGCCAGACAGGACUACUUGCCCAAAGAAAGGAUUGAGAACUACCUCAAUGUAAACCCAUCUUCGUCUCUGAGUUCACUUGUACCUCGCGGUAUGACCGAAGAUGAAUUAACGGUGGAACUUACAGACAAGUUCGCCAACGUAAGUGGUGGUUCAAAUAAGUUGUAGAGAUGGACAAAACUGAAUGACAUCACAGCUAAGAAUUCCAAAAUCUUGUUCAAUAUUAAAUCUUUUUCUGUUUUUUUUUUUCGCAGCUUACAAAUCAACUGUUAGAAACAUAUCUGAAGGACACAUAGCAUUCACACGGAUAUGAAGAGAGAUUGUACACAAGGAAUAGCCUCAUAGCUCUUCUGAACAUGCUAAUUUCUUAUUUAUUACUUGAACAAAAUGAGACCAGAAAAAUAUGCUUAUAGAUUUGUGUAUCGUCCAACUACAAUGUUUAUAGAACUGAGCUGUGAUGUAAAAUAUUUUUCUCUGACUCAAGACGUUGUUUAUAAAUUAUUAGUUUUCUGAAGGAGGUCUUGGUUUACUUUGUUGACAGUGUUAUAAGCUCAGCAUUCUCUUUCAUGUGAAAAUUUCUGAAAUUGCAGAGGCCUGUAGCUUGAUAUGCAUGUACACUUUAGUUCACUACUUUACAAUAAUUUAUAAGUCUUUCUUAUUAGUGGACAAAUUGAGAAGAUUUGCUGCAGAAGUAGAUUUAGUAUGCAACCUUAUCACCCACACGUGGAAAUAGAGAUGAAUGGAAUUAAACAAUUUACUUCAAAAUUUUCAGUUGACAUCUUAAUUUAUCACCAGAGCUGAAUAGACUGAAUGGAGUUUGCCAAAGUCCAGCUCCCUGCCAUAAAGGGUAACCCAAAAGUUCCAUGUGCGCAAUUCUACUUCGUAGUCGAAAUGUCACGAUGUCACGCAACGCUCCUUCAAGAGGCGCGCGUGACAUCCCAAAGAACUGCUGUGAACGAGACUCCAUAUGCACUGGAACAGCGGUAGCUUCAUUACUCCGCACGUGUUCCUUUUGCAUUUCCAACUGAUGCAUUUAAGUUACAUAUCAAGCCUUUCACAUUUCGAUCGAGAUGCAUUUUACUAAAUAUUAUCCGAUCCGUUUUCCUUUGGAUGUUUUGCUCUUGAUGAAUUGACUUAGCAAUAAGUCAAAUUUUUCCAAGUGUUUUUUCAGUUCAUUUUCAUAUUAAUCACCACGUUCCCCAAUCGACUUAUUUCCGACGCGUUCCCUGCUGUAAUUUUGAUGCACUUUGAUUAACUCCCCUCAGAUGGUCCAAAUGAAUCCACUUUUCCUGACACCUUAGCUAAUGAAUUUUCGGUCCAUUUCCUCAUAUAAUUAGAAUACGCUCCUUCAUGUACACUUAAUUCUUGGUGUCAUUUAGUUUGUCGUUACCUGAUGCGUUAGUUACGCGUUUCUUUAAAUAAUUUCUUACGCACUUCUUGUGCAUUUGUCCCAAAUAUAACUAUUUUGCGUAGCUUAUUUAAGCGUCUUCGCAGCACGGUUUAUGUUGGCUCCAAGAUCUGACUAUUAAUUCUCCCUUAUGGUUACUUUAAAUUUCUUUGAAAACUCGAUAAGAGAAUUUGGCGUUACAUCAAGAUUAACAUCACCUCGGAGAUAAGUUCGGCUAUUUUCGUCAUUUUUUGCCGAAUAUUUAAUCGAAAUUGUUGGAAGUUAGAUGUUUAUAAUUUCUUGAGGUUAAAAGCCUUAAGUGAUAUCGGCGAUGGAAGUUUCUAUUUGUUUUUCUAAUUUAUGUAUUUAAGUUAUUUCCCAAGUGUCUUCUCGCUAUCUUCCCCCUUCCGUUUCUUUUACUACGUUCUAAUACCUUUCUAAGGAUUAUUUUUUAUGAAAUAUCUUCACUGCAUACCUUAUUCAACCUCAAACGUAGCCCCUUUACACCCCAACAUCGGCAUGCAAGUUCUCCCUACUGUUCUCUCAUACCCGGUACUUACAUGGAGAAUUUGUUGAACAAUUAAGAUCUUCUUGAGCUGGCCAUAAUUUCUUCUAUUCUCAUGAUCCUCAUGAACGUUUCAGCAGUAUUACUGUAAGGAGAAAGCAGAUUCUGGUCAUACUUAGCAUUUAAGCAUUAAUUUCUUUACAAAAGCAUUCUUCAGCAUUAAUCACUUUUGGGCUAUCUCCAGACCUCCUAGCGUUCACGCUCCCCGCGCGUCUUGUGACUGAAGGCGUCUCCUCCCUCCCUAAGUAAUUCUCUUGUGCCUAGUUGAGUUUCUCAGAUGUUCCUCCGUCCCUAUUUGCCUUUUUCCCUAUUAUGAAGGAUUUCUUUUUUCACCUUGGGGGAAUUCGGAAAUCCCCGGAAAGACUAUGGAGGAAAAAACCGUGCGCAGCGUCAUCAUUUAUAUUGUCAUCAUUGAAUCAAAAUAUAGGCUUUAUUCAGUCAAAUAUCUUAUCUUUCAUUACAAAAAGCGCAGAUGUGUUCACAUAUUAUUAGAUAGACGGCUGAAAGGCAAACAGAUAAACUACCUUCUACCCUCAUCGCCGUUAACGCUAAAGGCACCGACUCCCAACUGCUGCGUGUCAUCUGCUACCGUUUUUCAUGCCAAAACAACCGCCCGACUUCUUGAUAUAUUUUCCGUAUUAAUGUACCAGCAUAUAAAGCGGGUGAAUCAUAAAAAAGAAACGGCUUUCCAGUGUUAUACUGUAAUUUGAUUUUAUUCAAACUUCCAAUUUUUCUAAUUUUGUUAGCAGGGCGGGUCUAGGAAAUACACUCAUUUGCAUAUUUCACAUGUUGGCUUCUGACGUAUUGUCUUGUUAUUGGUCACUUUGCUUAGAAUCAAUAUUCAUGAAUUUGGUGGAAUGGCAUCAUUUUGAGUAAAAACGCCAAAGUAUGAGGAUGUCUAUUUGGUUUUUCUAUCUCAAGAUAAAUUCGGGGCUCUGGAAGGAGACGAAAUGUGCAUGCCUUCAAACUUUCAUAUUCGCGUCAACGCAAAGGUGAGCACCUUUAAAUCUUUAUUAGCGUCUCGCAAAUUCUAAAAUUUCCAACAUGGAGUUGAGAACCGUUCGUUGUCGAAGCAAUGGUCAAUUGCAGCGAGUAAGAUAUAGUUUCCUCUAAACAUUUCUUCGAAAUCUUAAAAUUUAAGAAGGACUUAAAGAACGCAAACAUAGAGUACCAAACUGUGUCAUUGCACAGUUCUAUUUUGCACACAAGCUUUUCAGUCGGCCAAAACAGUUCACAUAAAUCUUUACGCGACCACAUGCACGCGUCGAACGAGCUUUUGCAUUCUCUUACUUUAACGAUUCAAUUCAGAAUUCUUUCCAAUACAGCUGUAAAAAAUGCAAGAGCGUAGCAACUCUACAAAUAUCCUAAAGCUGUAAGAGCUGUUUCGUAAAUUUUCGGCCAAGCACGCCUCAUUCAAAUUAAUUAAGUCGAUGACCUUAUCGCUCUUUCUGACAUUAAAACUUUAAAUUGGUGAAGUUUAACCUAUUCUUCGUUUGUUGCAAAAAUCCUGUCUUCAGGUUUAAUCUUUAAGUUUAAUUUUCUUUAAAUUAUGAGACUUUUCUUAUUUAUUGGCUAAAUUUGUCAUUUAUUCGUCUUAUUUUCAGAAGAAGAGCUGAAGGAAUGAGAUGACUUGGAUUUAAAGACAAAGACAUUGAUGGGGAAUCUAUCAGAAAUAUAAAUUGCAAGACAGGACAGAGAUAAGACUUAUUCAUUAUACACACUCCCUUGAAAAAUUGUGGCUUAAUCAAUUCUACUAUCGCUGUAUUUUUGUAAGAAGGGCAUUUGGGAAUAAUUUAAAAUUUGUCACCUAUUGACAACUGGUAUUUUAAUCAAAAAUCAAAGAAAACGGGACGGUGGAAGUAACAACGGGAUUUUGAAAUUCACCAUGGUGACUCGAAACUGCAAAUACAUUCAUAUAAAAUUCCUAAAUUGCGCCACCUAUUUAAGCCACUAUUUUUUUCCAAGGUGAGUGGUAGAUUUAUUGAAAACUGAGUGAUAGGAUUAUGUCCUAACUGGAUAUUUUAAGGUGGCACUGUAGCAACAACACCCUACAAAAAGUUUCUUUUAAGAACUCUGUGCUGCUUAUGCAGACUUCAUAGAAAAGACAAUCACGUUUUCUCCAACAAUGAGGAUCUUUUUUUCACGGAAAUUACAUUAGUUACAUAGAAAAAAAAAAGAACGACCAGUGACUUACAUACUAAAACAGGAUAGAUAUGAGUCACUACAAACUAACCUAUCAAAAUGAAACGUUUCACUGAUGAACGACUUUUCACUAGGGGCUAACGACGAUUUUUUCUCAGACUGUGAAACGUUUGCCACUGUUCAUCAGAACUGUCAUUCUCAUGCUGAACUACUAUCACCCACACGACCGUAUUUCACGACCGAACGAUAAGGGGGAGGGACUAAAAACCGAGAACAGGGGUCGACACUUUGCUAAGGUCUCAGACUGACUAACCACGCUGAUGAAAUGAUUUUCGACGACUAACUCUUCGAAAUCAAACGCAAUUCUGACACAGCUGAUUCAUCACAAACGGUCACGACGAAAACUGUCAACUGACAAGUUUUGCUACGAUUGAUUAGUUGCCACAGUAACGGUAAUCACCGACAACAUGUUGAUUCGAAACAGUUUUCAAGUUAAAUAGUUGAGAACUGACACGAUACGUGAAUAACGAUUUCGUUUUCACUUGACUCUGAAGAGAAUCUACACGUGCACUUUCUAAACAUCAUUUACCAACAAGACUAGACGUUCAUCUUGAUUCAAAAAUACCCUGACACAGGAACAACUUGACAACAGAAAACUACGAUGUUCACCAAAUACGCAAAUGAAAGCAUUUGAAUGUGCAUAUAAAGGGUUGUGUCUAACAGUGCCACUUUAAAACUUUCAUUUCUGUUGAUUUUUUUACAUCCAAUCGUUUUAGAAGUUAAAAGUACUCUGAGAAUGUUUACACAGCGGAUGAAAAAUGCUCCAAAUAUCUGCUGAUUGGCUUUCCGGUAGUGUUGACCACAGAGGCAAAUAAACGCUCAUGAAAACCGUCCGGAAUAUUGAGAUCCUUUGCAAUAUAUUCAUCUCACGAAAUAAUUGUACCUGUGGUGGUUGAUGUUUUGUUGACUACACUGAGCUACAUCACAUACAGUACUUUCAACAAACUGCAUCGUGUUAUUCCACUUCAAUUAUAACCCACCAAAAUACAGCGACGAAGAAGUACUUCAUCAAAAUGAAUUACAAUGCAUCAAACAAAACCAAUUUUUACAAUGAUAAAUCACAGUAUACUGACAAAAAAAACUAGUUUAAGUCACACUCGAGCAAACCACCCCAAAUGCAUUGGCUGGAACACAACUACACAUCUAAGACACCUAUCGAAUGAAAAUAUUCCUUUACAGCAGAAUAAUAGAAAUAAAACAAUAGGUACGGGUACGAUUGUUUUUGCAUCACCGAAAAGCCAGCUUAAUUGCCACUUGCAUUGUUUAAAAUGGACGUCAAGGAAAACAAUUUUUCCCAUCGUAAUUCUCCUAUGCAAUCCAAUUAACUUGUCGUAAAUGCACCAGAUUACACAAAGCUGCAUAAUCUACGCACCUGCAUCAAACAACAUCAACCACAUGAGUACAAUUAUUUCGUACGAUAUAUCGUCAUCAACACAUGUUCAAAAGUGAUUCACUGUGACAAACUUGUAUUGUGCGAUCAGAGCUUCAAGAAAAACAAUUUUUCUUCGCAAAGUCAAAAAUGAAUUCGAAUAUUUUCCAUUUCAAACACUGUCGAUCGAAGAAAACUACUCAAGGGGAUUACCUUAGUUUCAUAAGUGUAAUCAAACCAAAAUAAGAGAAUUGUUAUUCCAAGUUCGAUGGGCUGUUUCCCAUUAGGAAAUAACAAAUAAGUUGUUAGGUUUUUUAGAAUUUCAAUUGCGAUAUUUUAAUCCAGAUGUUAUGUCAAAUGAGUUCGGAAGGUGAGAAUUUUUUUAUUCACUGAAAAGCCACGUUUCUCUUCCAUUUUCUAAACAAAUUUGUUUUGUUCAGUCGUUGAAUUCAAGUCGGUGAUUUUUUGAAAAGCGUUUCACAGCUUUGUGAGACAGUAGUCAAGAUUUCGGAUACUUUCAGAACGAAAGGUUUAGGUUAAGAGAUUACAAAGCAACCUUCACGCAAGCAAUUCUGGGUCUUUUAUAUGCUCUCUGUGGUCCAUAUUAUUUUCAUUCGAUGUUCACCCUUGAUAACGCUGUGUAACAUAUUCUGAAUACUGAGUACUAGGCUUAACUCUCAGAUUUCAAAGUUGAGAGUACAAGUUCUCCCUACCGCUCGCACAGAUUAUUUUCGAAGUUGAGAAUUUGGUCAUCAAAUCUCUAAAUCAAUUUACGGUAUGAUAAACAUGAACAGUUUUGGAGGGAGAAUUUUUAUUGCGAGUUGAAGAGUUAAGCUUUGCUGUUUCACAAACAAAUUAAAAGGGCAAAAGUUAUCGAAAACCAUCAGAAAGCGAAGGAAAAAAAACAAUGAAACGCUCUGAAAAUUUGAAAGAAGAAAGCUAAACUCAAACCGAGUUGUCUUGAACAUUUGUAAACGAGCAGAUCGAGGUAGAAGCCAAAUCAGGGGGAACGAAUUCUCUGGAACAAGAAACUAACUAGGAGAAAGUUUUGGCCCUUAAUAAUUUUCCUGUAAAACAGCAACAAAUCUUAGAAAGUUAAUAGUAAGCGUGUUUUGAAAGGCAGCAUGGAAAACUAUUCAUAUUUUUCCAUUAAAAUUCUUGAAAAUCAAGGACAAUUUACCGUCAUAAAAUUGGGCAAUCAGAAAAAUAAAAAUUAAAAACGGUUUGCCCUCGAGAAAAUAUACAAAAGAAUUUGAAAUCAAACGUUUGGCCAAAUUCAAGGGAAAGUGUUUCAUGUUGCCUUUUACAACUACACGCCAUGUACAACAUCUCAAGCAAAAUCUCAAUGGUAGUUACUUUUGAUCAGGAGGCAAUGUUAGGUAAAUUUGAAAAUUUUUUCCUGAUGUGGUAGUGGAUAUUUUGGCGGGAAAAAAGUUUUAAAAUGAAGUCUUGUAAAUUUUUUUGCCAAAAAUAGUGUAAGGGGAAACUCUGUGCAAAUUUUUCCAAAUUUUCCCGCCAAAAGACUUAGUAUAUUUUUGAACAAAUAUUGGAAUCUUGUUUACAAGCAAUAAAGGAUUUUACACCAAAAACAAGUGUUUGAACUAUACUUUAUUGAACUGAGAGAUAAAUAAAUAGCCAUUGAAAACUGACUACAUUUAAACACCGGAGCAAAAAAAAAAAAAAAGAUGGCGCAUACGUAUUUUGGGGCGCCAUGAAAAUAACCUCUUUAUUAAAAAAAAAAAAAUCCGGCGCAUGCGUAUUUUGAGGCACCGUAUUUUUUCUAAGUUUUUUGGCGGGAAAAUUGAAGACGUUUGAACAGGGGUUACCUAAGAAAACCGACUUUGAGCAAAAAUUUAACUUGCAGAGUCAAUAAAGAAACUUAGCUGUGCAGAACGUUUCUUGUUGCACCCUUCAAAAUGAAUUGGCAUCCAUAAUUGCUAAAGGCUUGUGAACUGGUUUCUUCGACAACUUCUGCUGGAAUAUUUUAUGAAUCUCCGAAAAGAUGUUUUCAAGAUCUGCUGUACACUAAUUCUACCUUUUCCAAGGAUCAAAUUGUUUCUCAUCGCAUACUUCGUCUUCCAGUGGCUUGUGAUCCAACACUUGAGUAAGCAGCAGUCUUGUCCACAGUUGCUUUAGGAAAGAAAAAAAAUAAUUGAUAAGUAACCAAAUUACAGCAAGAAUUGAGUUUUUUUUUUCGUAGUUUGUAUUUGCAAUCGACUAAAAUGUUUCCACUCAAAGAUUAACCUACCUUUGCUUAAGAGUCGAAAUGUUCCCUUCAGAUUUUUUUUGUCCUCCAAUUGCUUUGUAUCCCUCCAUUUUCUUGUGAUCUUUCCCUUGAAUGAACCUUGUCUAAAAAUGAAGCAACAGGAAAAUAAAAAUUUUAAUUACAUUUUAUAACAACAAUAGAUUUUUUAAAAUUCGUUUUUACAAUAAAUGAAACAAGACCCUGUCACUCAUGAGUGAAUCUGUUCAAUACAACUUCGAUGCUGGCCUCUUGUUGACUGCUAUCCCGUAAUUUUUCUAAAAAUUACUGACUUUUUGAGUGAAUGAAGUUUCUGUUAAAAUUACUGAUCGCGGAGCACUCUGAUUUCAAGCAAGGUUCACCACUUUGAUCAUUAUUCAUUCUUGGUGUAACAAGCUGUUACUAUCACGAGUAAUUGUGAACAAAGAGAUCAAAAGGCUAGAGCCUAAGAAAUAAAAAGCGAUAACUCAAAGGAACACUUCACAAGUUCUUACAAUAAGGUGAACUCUAAACAUGACAAGAAUUUAAGAAUUUAAGAAUUUAAAUAUGUGCUCUAAUAUUCCGUGGAAAUUAUUGGUUCUGAAACAACGCUGACCUUCGCAAAAACUUGUUUAAAAUAUUGUCAAAACAAAAUCUGGAUAUUCUCUGCAGUUUACAUUCGUGUGGUUGAAUUGAUGUAGUAAUGGCAAUAUUGCGGAGGUAAAAUUUAUGGAAUUCACACACUCAAGGCUACUUAGAAUUUAAAAAAUGUUUUUGCAGAUUCUCGUGAUGUACAUUUGAAUAUGAAAUGUUUCCUCACGUUAUAAUUUACCGUUUUGUUGAUCUCUCUGUAAAGACAAACAAUAGCCCCCGCUUGGCGCGAAAUACGCUCGGAUAUUUCAUCGCGGACAUUAUUUGUUCCGAGGUGCGGACAGUUUUCUGAGAGCGCAGUGUUUAUUAACCUUCAAAUGUUUUUUCAACGCGCGGGAAAAAAUGCUUAUAAACAGCUAACCUUUUCUGGGUGAGAUGAGUACUUUUCAUUGUUCUCAUGUACGACUUAAUGAGCAAACAAACAUGUCUCUUCUCCUGUAACAGCGAAAUGUUGUCUUAUCUUGAAUUAAAUUUUAAAGGAUACUUAGCGUACUGGACGGUAACGUGAUGUGUUAAGACCAAUUGAGAGCGAACACAAAUAUUUGAUCGAUUAUAAAUCCUGUUAUUUCUUAUCAAUAGCUUAUUCAAUUUCGAAAAACAAACAGCCUCCUUAAGAUUACAUAUCUUAAGUACCAGAUUUGACGAACACUGCGUAGGAAAUAACGGCGGAAAUAACGGCGGAACGCGACGCAAUCAGCUCUUGUCGACCCGAAAAGUUAACCCUUUAAUUCCAAAGAUCUGAUUGUUAAUUCUCCCCUCAAGGUGCUAGAAAUUUGCUUGUAAAUCAGUUAUGAGAAUUUGGUGUUAGAUCGAGAUAAAAACUUCUGCCUGAUAAGUUUGAAUAUUCUCAUGACCUAUUUGCUGGAUAAUGUUUAGAUAUUAUUGGGAGAAGUCACAUAUUAAUCAUUUCUGGGAGGUAAAGGGUUGAUAGGUGUGUUUCUGAGCCUGUUGGUGAUUUCAAAAUAUUUGCCUGAUACUCGAGUCUUUCUUAACUCGGCAUAAAAUUUGUUUACGACUUCAUCUAAUGCAAUGCCUGUCGCAUGUCACAUUUAAAAACAUUUUUGUUUAUCAAGAACUGGAUUAAAAAUAUUCUUUAUGACAUGAAAACGAUAUUGCUGAUUGAUAUAAAAAUCUAUUUUUAAGAAUGUCACUGUACUUUGGAAGGAAUGUCAUCGAAGUAACCGUGACCAUAACACUGUAAUUUAUGUAAACAACCAUUAAUAAGUUUCAUAGCCUCUAACACCGUUCAACGGAAACGAAGUCAGACAUUCGUGGCAUUAUUUGAGCGAAAGUAGCUCCGAGUGUUGCCAAAGUCUUCAGUGCUGAUAACUGAUUACAUAUGAGCUACUGACCUAGCGUGCAGUCAAGAUGGCUAGAUAUUGGUCGAGUUCUUUUUUUUUUUUUGCGUUUUCAUGGACCGAGACGAAGUUGAGGGCCAUAAAAACCCAAAAAGGGAACGAGGCUAACAUCCACUGAGCCAUCUUGACUGAACAAGCUUGGUCAAUAACAUAUUUAUUGUUUAACAAAAUAUUGCGCUUUAAUGAGAAUCAAGAAUGAAAUGUUUAUUUCGAGAGCCAGGAAGAAAACAAACUCUCUUUUUAGCACAAUAAAACCAGGAAAGUGAGGUCAUAGUUAUUAAGUCCGCUCCACGUAUUUUCUUUUGCGCUCCACCGAUCUCAUCUUGGCCGCUUGGGUAGCCAAUCAGUAGCCCAUCAAUUAUUGGUGAUGUAAUAAAGGCCUUAAUUCUGCCUAUGUUAUGAAGUAUGCAGGAAACCGCUUUGCAACUUAAUUGUGGUGGAUACACUUGCAACCUCGUUGAUUGUCUAUGCUCGACCCUGUAUAGGUUUUCUUAUUCUUUUUUUCUGUUUUAUGUGUAAGAAAACGAUGGUUUUAUAAAAGCCUAAAUCAACCACAAUCAAUACUCUUUUUCUUGCCUCGCAAGAUAAUGAAAAAAACUACUUUAGUUGAAUCUUGAACGGUAGCCUAUCCUUUGCAAGUUCUCCGUUUUAAAAGUGCAUUGAUAUUCCUUAACGUUAACUUACGAUUUGCUAUCCACGAUUCUUAACAAUCUCUUCGCACAUCUUGUCUGUUUUCUUUUUUUCCUAUGUUAAAGAGCAAUUAUUGAGGAUCUACUUCAGCUAAUGAAAAAUAACAGUUUGUACGUUUUCGCUGAAAACUCAAAAUUUCGCUCCAUAGUUUCUCGCUUUGAUUAUGUUUGUUGACGUUUGAACUCCACAAAAUGUUUAAAUAUCUGAUGAUAUUUUACACAUGCCUCUACUGAACAAGUCGAGUGCUUUGCUCUUGCCAAAAAUAUUGUCAGAAGAGAAAGGAUAAAGAAGGUCAAAGAAGUUAUACAUAGAUUUAUUCUGAAGACAAAGAGUAGGAAAAUUAUCCCCCUAAACUAAAACAUUGUUGAUAAAAAAGUGCCCAUGAAAGCUCGGAAAAAGUAGUUAAGAUGUACCUCUUUAACCAGAGUGAAAAAGACUCGGAAAUGCUCGAUGUUAUUUUAAAGCAAAUAAAAUAAAUAAACUCUCACCUGUAAUGUAUUGAAGAAAUGAGUGUACAAUCCACAGAUCCAUGACUGCCACUUAGCAUCCCAUGAAAAUGAUGUCACAUGAGAUUCAUAUGUAGAUGGAUGGCAAAAUAGGUCCCUAUGUCAAAAUAAAGUCGCUGCUGUAAGCGUGAGUCUGCUUUGAUGAUCACCCUCUAACUAGUUUUCAAUGUCAAGUAAUAUUGUAGGAGUUAACAAAAAGGCAAAGUCUGUGCUUGUGCUUAUCGACCAAGAUCACUGCUAGUUCAAUAAGAUGAGAUGCUAUUCCAUUACAGGUUACACCCCCCCCCCCUGCAUUUCCGAUCAUAUUUUCCUGAAAGUUUGCUGGUACCCAUUUACACUCCCAGGUAGAGAGAGGCAUUGUGCAAGUAAAGUGUUUAGCCCAAGAACACAACACGAUAGCAAGACCAGGUCUUGAUCCCAGACCUCUCGACCCAGACCCCGGCGAGCCAAACUUUGCGCGACUUUUUCUCCCAUUGUAAGAUUUUAGCGAGAUUGAAAAGGCGAAUUCCGCCAAUUGUACAAAACUGAAUCGUAUUACAGCCUGACCUUGUCCUGAUAUCUGUAAAAUGCACUCGUCCCUGAUAGAAUGCUAGUCGAUCUUAGGUUACCCCUCCAAAUUUUCGUUAUGCUUUUCCAAAAGGUCGUAGGUGCCUAUUAAUACAGGGGCGGAUCCAAGAUUUCUUGAGAGGGGCUGGUCAAAACGUUGAUUUGGAAAAUUAAGAAACUUUUCUUACACAAAAGCCUGUGCUCUCUUCACUGCACUGCGUUUGAACGUCCUUAUGGGGAUUCUAAUGAAUGGUUGCACACUUAUUAUAAAACAUGUGAAGAUGUGAAGGCUCACCUUAAAUAUCCUGGAAUUAAAAGUAGUCUGUCCAAGUUUGUUAUAAGACUGGUACACACCAUGAUGUCAUCAUCAUGACUAUAGCAUCAUCAUCAUCAUCAUCAUCAUCAUCAUUCGUGAUCAUCACUUGUGUCAGCUCAGUUUGGCCGUAUUUUUCACCGUUGAAAAAUUAAAGAAAGGUGUUUUGAGACAAUGGUAGAUACUUUUCUGCGCUACAGGGCUUAACUUGUCACGAAAAACUUCAAAUAUGUGACUAACUAUCAGAGUUAGUAUGAAGUUACGAGAGGAUGAAUUUUCAGCUGGGCUUUAGGGUUAGAGUAAGCUUCACGUAUAGUAGUGUAAGUUAAGUCAGAGGCAGUUAGGUUUAUCAGAUGGCAGUUUGUUCCAGUUCAGCUAUAAACUGUAACUUAAUGAUUUUAAGCCACUAAACAGCGAUCAGCUUGCCAAAUAAAGCCGCCUUUAAAGAAGAAAGUUCUUUUUGGCAAGGUGAUUUGAUAGGACGUUCGAACAGGUGAAAAACAAGGACCCUUGUCUUGCAAUCAUCGUCACAGCAAAGAAUCGUUGUUGCUGACGGAUUGUGUACUUUUUCAUUUAUGAUAGAGAACAUUUUAAUCUGGACAUGUGCACUUGCCUAAGAAAAUCAUCUGUUGUAAGAGUGCCUAGAAUCUAAUGAAACUAAUAAUUUUACAUUUAAUCAUUUUGUCAAACUGUAACAGUCUCUAUACAGUUAAUAAUAUUAUCACAACCGACUAGGCUUUGGGUUGCUUGAUCUCCCGUCAUGUUCUGCAACGCUACAACUCAAAAGAUCUGAAUAUGUUUUCUCUCUUCUGGAGGCAAUGUAUUUACUUCUGAAUAAAUCAAGAGAAGUUAGUGUCAUAUCAAGAUAACAACCUUUAGCUGAUAGGUUUUCUAUUCUCCACACCUGUUUACUGAAUAAUGUAUGGAGAUUUUAAGAAGAAGUUGUAUUUUAAUCGCGUAUGGGAAUUAAUGGUUAACUUAGACAUGUACUUGGAUAGGGGUUGACUAUGAAGUAGAAAUGGCAGAAGAUUCGACAAAAAUUGUGUCCAAGAUAACAAAAAGAAAAGAAUGUUACCUGAGAAAGCCUAAUUCGGCGGGUAAAUUAUCCAUGAGCUUCACAAUAAGAACGGAGCCAUGAUGUCUUAAGCAGGGAGUUCUGAAGAAUGCCAAGACGAAACAGUCGACCAGAGUAAGGGUCCACAUAUCCCGUAACUAAGGAAGGUUGUAAAAUUUGGAUAAAUAUGAGUAAAGCUGGAAAACGAAGCAUCGAAGUAGCUUAUGACCUUCGCUUCACUCUUCAUUUCACUCGCAAACCUCGUGCAAAAGUUACACGGAAAACUGAAUAAUUAAAAAAAAUCUGAAAUUCAAAUAAGUGAUAAUGACUCAGGUAAAUUUGCAUUUUCUUGCACUUUUUUUGAACUUUGAAUUUCUGUAGUUUCCGGCCAUUUUUGGCUGCUUUUCUUGGCUGUAAAAUUUCCGUUAGAGAUAUGACAGGUCUCCGAGAUGUUUGUGAUCGGGAUGUUAAUUACAACUGAUCUACCUUUUCGGAUAAUUCUAUUAAGGUAAAUAAAAAGUAAGUUUGGCUGUUAGCUUUUUUCGAAACGUUUUCUUUAGAACGCAUAAAAGCCCCUCCUGAGAUAAAAAAGUUUCUCUCCAGAUAAAAAUGUAUUUAAAAGUUGUUCGCAAUUUGCUUAAACCGUGGGCUUAAUAAUGUGGUUUUACUGAACUAAGGAGUAUUACCUUAGCAAAGUGAAUGAAAAUUUAUUCUGUAAUUUAUCAAAAUCAAUGACAACCAGGAAAUAUCAAGAGGAUCUAAAUGAAGUUAAACAAUAGUCGUAAGACGGCCAAAGAAUUCAUUAUCCUCAGUUUUGAAACAUUCUAACUAUUAGUCGCAGACAAAAGGUUAGCUGUAAAAAUUUUUCCUGUCUUCACUGUGUCAUUUUGGGUUUACAGCAGCCGUAAAAUGGCCAAAAUUUUAUUCGUUAGCCGUAAAGGUCAUCACCCUAUUGAAACCCUCCAUCAAUAGCUCACCGCUGAUCGUUAGAGCUACUCAAUUGACGUAAGAAAAUGAUGCAAAAUUAAUCUGACACGAAUUGAUGAAUGACCAAUCUAAUGAGUGACAACCUAGAUUUAUAAGGCCGCAUCACAAAGACCUCACAAGCAGUUUUCGUGGAAUCUUUCCUAUAUGGGUUCUUUUCUCGAACAGCAGAUGAGCCUCUCUCAGUUGGCCCGCGUCAAACUAACCGAUGCAGAGAAGCUCAUGGCCAACGCACGUGAAAAUGCAAUCGGAAAAACAGCAGACGCGCAGCAGCUCAUGGUUGAAGCAAGUGUCCUACUUAAGCAAGAUCUUGAAAAUGCAGCAAAAGAAAACGCUGUUAUCAAUGAGAUCACUAAAACAUUGAGUCAAGUCCACUUCGCCAACAAGAUCAAGUUGAAUGUUGGCGGUACGUUCUAUACAACAACACUGGAUACUCUACGAAGGGAUCCAGAUUCUUUGCUGUGUGCGAUGUUCUCGGGAAAGUUCCGAUUAAAAAUGGAUGAGGAAGAUGGAGCAUAUUUUAUUGACCGUGAUGCAGAACUUUUCAGGUAUGAAAAAAAUAUUUAUGGUAAAGAGUACUCUUAAUCACUGAAAAAUUCUCCCCAUCACUCUUUGUCUCACCAUUUACGGUAUUGGAAAAACCCAUUCUGACAUCUUGUGAGCUACUGAGCGUGAAGUCGAGCAUGGCCUCAAAGGAAGAAGUAGGCUCGGACUUUCCCUUAUAUUGAGCUAACUUGUAAUUUUAUUUUUAUUAACUAGACAAUGAAUAUUCAUUGUAGAGAUUGAAAAGCUGGCUUAAAUACAAAUACUGGCGAUCAAUAGAAACAAAAUACCCGGUGCCCAAAUUGUAAAACCCGGCCCAGAUUAUAUACACUGUUUUCUAUUUGGUGUUCUCGUUCUCUUGUUUGUUCGAAAAAUGCAUUUUCAUCUUCGGCACUCACCACAACAAAUCUUGAUAUAUUCCAAACAACAAACAAACAAAGUUCAAUCAGCAAAGUUUGAAAAAGCUGGAAUUGUGACGUCGUUGCUCGACCUCGCCACUCGUGUUACAUAAUAUGCAAAAUUUUCCGUGUCUCAGUUCAAAGCUUAUAGAGGCGAAAGGCAACGCCAUUACUUGAUCAGUAUACUGUGAAAUUACAAUUAUCACAAAGAGUACACAGGAGCCUUAAUUUAGAUCGGAUGACGGGGCAAAAAGUGAUGAAAAGGAAAACAAUCUCGAACACUUACAUUCAUAAUUGUUUAGUCGCCAAACGGAUUUUCACUUCCUACUUACUUAAACGCAGACCACACAUCGAAAUGGAUGAGCAGAGGCUUCGGUUAUUCGAAGGGUAGAUAACAUUAUCCACUGGAUAAAUCUCUAUAUAUCUGGCGGAUAGCACUGUACGUUUUGGUAACAUGUAUCCGCUGGAGAGCAAUUUAUCCACUGGAUGGCAUUAUCAGCUUCUUGAACAACUGAGAUCAGGAAAUUAAGUUAAUUUAUCUUAAUGAAGCAAACUGAAACUCAACUGAAACCGCAUUUCAAUAACGUAAAAUAUAAGAGGGAAAGUAGAUCAUUAUAUUGGUGUUUCACGCCUUGCAAUUUCUUAGCUCUGACUCAUCAUAUUAUUAACAAUGAUUGCAUUUUACCCAAACACUUCCGCCAUACUCUCAGCAACAGCGAACCUGUUUGUACAUGGAGGGCACAAACAUAUCUUUGACAAGGAUAAAUCUGUAAGGUUGAUAAUCGACAUGGAUGAAAGGAAUGUUGAUCAAGUAUCAUAGCAACUUUACAAAGCUAAUGUUUCAAGUGUUAACUCGAAGCGGAAGAUAAAAAAAAUUAGACAAAAAUCUCAAUACAAAAGAAAACACAAAUAUUUUUUAAGAGAACAAAUAAAGAAAUGUUUGAGCCUCAGUGUAACCAGCGCGCUUUCUGCUAUUAAAAUUACAAUCCAAAUGAAGACUUAAGAGUUUUUAAAGAAAUUAAUUAUUCAUCAAAGUAUUUUAGCGUAUACCUGCCACUCGACCUCAAAUUUCCCACAAAAAUGCCUAAAAGAUCACGUAUACGUAAUCAAUAUACCCCAUAAAGUUGGCUGGUUAUGGUUUGACAUUUCAUCUUCAUCGUCAUUCAAGGUACGUCUUGAACUACCUUCGAGAUGGAAGCCUGUUCUGCCCAAAUGACAACAUAGUCCAAAAGGAGCUGCUCGCAGAAGCCAGGUUUUAUCAAAUUCAGGGGAUAAUCACCGAUCUGGAAGAAAAAAUUCCCUUUGAAUCCACGUUGAUUUUAAAGAAUGAGGCCCAUCAUUCCAUUCUCCUAUCGUGGUUGCCGCCAGGAGCUACUUGUUCAUUGCUGUACCAAGCCUCCUUUGAUGGACAAACUCCAGCUGACUUCCAUCGUUGCUGCGAUGACAGAGGUCCUACUCUUGUGGUGAUUAGAGUCGGGUCAUACAUCUUUGGAGGCUUCACGUCAAAGUCGUGGGAAUCGGGUAAGACUAAAAAUUAA